AUGCCGGGCUGCGAAAGCUGUGAAUUCGAAUUCCUAUCAGCCUCAGCCAGUUUGGCCAAGGAUGAUGUGAGCUGGAAUCCAACAAAAUUGUGGGGGCAACAUUCUGGAUUUAGUAAGGUUAUAUAGAAUUGGAUUGAUUUCCAUCCUUUCUCCCUGCAUGCUCUGCGCCUGGAAAAGACUUUACAUUUUGGUUCAAAUCUUAGUGAAACUGUAACGGACUCUGGGUUUCAGACCAACACUUUUAACGAUACUGAUUUCAUUUAACGUUUCCAUUUCAUUUAAAAGUUAACUUUCCAAGACUGCAGGGCUUACCCCAAGCGUUGACUUCCUUUGGAAUGUGGUCAGUGGAGGGUUACUGGUAUUUUGUCAUACUUGUGUCCAUUUACAAAUAUAUAGGUUGAGCAUAGGGGGAGGUAUACCCAUGCUGGGGAACCUAAGAGGUGCCCCCAAAAUCACUGCUUACCCUGAAGAUUUCUGGUGUGGGUGUUAGCACCGUAAGAUUCUUGUAGACAGCAGCUUAGCUUUCUAUGUCCCAGUCCAGGUACGACUCAUUCUGCAAAAUCUAUUGUUUGCACAGACUCUUUCUUUACAGCAUCCCCAGGAUAAACAGUGUUGUGCCCUCUUGGUGUUGUGGACUAUGGCGCCCAUCAACUCCAGCCAGAAUAAUCAGUGAUUAUGGGAGUUGUAGUUCACAUUGCAGUAUUGUGGGUCAUUUAUCUUCAACCCUCAUAGCAAAGGAGAUAUUUCCUAGGGCAGGCAUAGGCAAACUCGGCCCUCCAGAUGUUUUGGGACUACAACUCCCAUCAUCCCUAGCUAACAGGACCAGUGGUUAGAGAUGAUGGGAGUUGUAGUCCCAAAACAUCUGGAGGGCCAAGUUUGCCUAUGCCUGUCCUAAGGCCAUUAAGGCAAUCUCCAGCAGUUUUAUUGGUCUGACCACUUCAGCAGAUGCCCCUUACAAUCAGAGAAUUUCAGGGUUCGGAUGGACUUUAGGAAAUUAACCAGGUCAACCUCAAUCCCAUGUUACUAAGCAAAAUUAGACACGCUAAAGCUAUUUUAACUCAAUGAGUUUAGGUGCACCCAACUCUGUAUAGCAAUUAGGCUAUGGGUGGCCUUUGGCAAUUAGUUUUAUUCAGCCUCUGUUCCCUACUUGGAAAUUAUGAUGAUGUUAUGUGAUUGUAAUUACACUGACGGUAUUGCCAGAAUGACUGAAACAAUAUUACAGAGCAUUUGCAAACUGAUAAAUGUAUGAAUGAUAACACUGGGCAACAAUUUUUUACUUUUUGAAUGUUGUCUAGAUUUCUACAACUGAUUUAGGGUAUUUUUGCACUGCUGAAUCAGGAAAUGGCAUCCGUUUCUCUCCAUCAGGUCAGGUUUACUGUAAACUGAAUGGUGGGCAUUGAUAAAGGUAAGUACACGUAAAUUGCAUGUUGCUUCACCAUUUUUCAAACUUCAGGGCUUGAACUUCCGUUUCUUGGAACUCCUGGAAUGCUCAGCGGCAGGGAGGUCUCUCUUCAGAGUCCAACAGUAGUCAGCCAUCAUGACUGCGUCCCAGCAACCCUGAUACCUGGUCUCCAUCUCUUUCAUGUCCUGAUGGAAUCUCUUCCCCUGCUCGUCACUCAUUGAACCCAGGUUCUCAGGAAACUGGUCCAUAUGUGAAAAUAGGUAGUGCAUCUUGACGCUCAUGUUGCAGCCCAGGUUUCUGAAAGCAGUCAGCAUGUUGUUGACAAGUUCUGCGUAGUUUCUGGCCUUAUUGUUGCCAAGAAAGUUCUUCACUACCAGAAGAAAUGCCUUCCACGCUUCCAGUUCCACUUCGUUCAUUGAGUUUCCGAACUCUGGAUCUCUGAUGAGCUGACGGAUCUGAGGACCGUCAAAGAUGCCAGCUUUCAACUUCUCCAUGGUCAAUCCUGGAAAAGCCUGGCACAAGUAAGUGAAGCAGUCACCAUCCUAGUCCAGAGCCUUGGUGAACUGCUUGAUUAAGCCGAGCUUGAUGUGCAGCGGUGGGAAGAGUAUUACCGUAAGUCUCUGUCCACCAGAGGGUCAUUGAUGACGUUCCUUUCUUUGCAAGGCACCAAUUCCUCCUGCACAGGCCAGUCCUUCUUCGUGUAAUGCUGAGCACGGUCCCUACUAUCCCACAUGCACAGAAAACAUGGGUACUUGGUGAAGCCAGACUGUUGUUUGCACAUUACUAAGGGAGUAACCACCAUUGGCCAUAAUUACUUCCAGAACAAACAUACUGUUGCACGCUACCCCAAACUCUGAGCGGUGUGUGAUUGCAGGGGUUCUAGCUGCUUACCCAGAGUUUGUGUUUUCUUUUGGAAUGAGGCACAGAAGAUACCAUGGUGUCUUAUGAUAUAUAGUUUAUUUAACACAUAUAUACAACCUGAAUCUACAGUGGAGGUGUUCAUAGUAUCAAUACCCCCAAAGUCUUGUUUUCCCCAUAGCUGCCAUCUUUGAUUCAAGCAGAGAUCCAGCAUCUCUCUCUCUGCUUCUAGUUCACAUCACUGCUCUAAACUUAGGCUUUGUCCUUCUAACUAAUUGCAAGCUAAGGGAGGGACUCCAUCUAUUUCCCAAACUCCCUUUCCUUUGUUCUCUUAAUGGAUCAUCACCCAGGCGAUCACCUUAACACAGGAAGCUUGCUUGGCUUAUAUUUUAACACUUACUGGAUCCAGGGGUUAGAACGGUCUCAACUUCUCACCCCACAACUCAAGGGCCAUUAAGAUAAUCUCCAGCAGUUUUAUCAGUCUGACCAGUUUAGCAGAUCUCUCUUGCAAUCAGAGAAUGUCAGGGUUAGAUGGACUUUAGGAAAUUAACCAGGUCAACCCCAAUCCCAUGUUACUAAGCAAAAUUAGGCAUGCUAAAGCUUUUUUUAUCUCAACGAUGUGCCAAACUCUGUAUAGCAAUUAGGCUAUGGGAGGCCUUUUGCAAUUAGUUUUAUUCAGCCUCUGCUCCCUACCUGAAAAUGAUAAUGUGGUGUGAUUGUAAUUACACUGAUGAUGUUGCCAGAAUGACUGAAACAAAAUUACAGAGCAUUUGCAAACUGAUAAAUAUAUGAAUGAUAAUAGACACGUUAGACCUGUUGCCUACUUAAAGAAAUAUUUACCGGCAGUUCUUUGUAUGUUACCAUGGGAUUAACCACAACUGGACAUAAUUACUUCAGCAGCAACAACAACAACAACAACAACGUGUUAGACAAGGACUUGGGAGACAAGGGUUCAGGUUUCCACACAGCCAUUAAGUUCCGCUUGGAUCAGUCACUUUCUUUUUUUUUAUUUAAAUGAUAUUUAUUAAGAAUUUUAAAAUUACAAGAAAAACAAAAAGAAAGAAAGAGAAAAAACAAAAGAAAAACAAACCACAAUCAGGCAAUACAAAUUGAUAAAAAUCAAAAUCAAAAAGUAACAACAAAACACGUAACACAAGACAAUCAAAAAGCAAAAAUAAAGCACAAAAAUUUAAAAACAAAUCCAGUAUUCCAAAAUCCUUAACUGUCAUUGCCUUAUUUCAUCGACCUCCUCACUCCUCCCUUUUUUGUAUCCUAGUUGUUAAUUAUCACAGCAAAUCCUUUCCAUUUUUCAUAAUAUUCUGUCAUUAAAUUACCUUAAUCUAUUUUAACCUUAUCUUACUAUAAAAGACCCUAAAACUUAAAACUUAGAUCUUAUUUAUACCAGUUUCUCAUAACCAUAACAUAUUCUUACAUAAUUCUUUUAACAUUUUUGCUAAAGCCAAAUAAUUUCGUUCCAACAUUUUUCUAACAUUCAUCAAUUUUAUAAAACAAUCCUAAUAAAAUUUUUUUUAAAAAAACUUUCUUCCAAUCUUCAUCCAGCGUCUCUUCCUCCUGGUCCCGGGUUUUGUCAGUCCUUUCUAUCCCAUCAAUCUAGCUCAUUAACCUGGUAAUCUUAUGUCCGAGGCCCCUAAGUCUCUUCCAUGUCCCUUCCGCAGCUCUUCUUCAUAUUUAUACCUGUACUUUACUUUGUCUCCUGCUCCUUUCACUCGUGGAAACUCCAGCUUGACAGUGUUUUUAACCCUGCUCGACAAAUCAGCCCCUUUUCCAUAGUCCACACUAAACUCCAUGUGGUAUUUAAAAACAUGUUUCAAAAUCCCUCCAGAAUUAAGAGCCCCCACAACCCCAAACAUCUCACGGCCCAUUGCCAGACUUGGAAAGUCAAAACAUCCCUGCAUAGGGGGGUCUAUCCAACCCCCCAUUUCCAAACCAAACAAAACUCUAUCUCUCCAAGCCUGGCUUUUUCCAAGUUCAUUUGUCAAAUCCAACAACUCAUGUUCCUGCUGGGCCACAGCUCCCUCCAUCUCUGGCACCCAAGGUCCAGCAACAUCCUCUUCUCUUAUCUGAUCUGUCAGAGCACACUCCUGAUUUGAUUCCUGGGUGGGUUCUGUAUAGUUACCCACUACCUGUCCAAAAUUUCUGAUCGCAACAGUCAUCAAGUCCGUCUUCUCAUGUAACUGUUCCAAUAGGGCACUUGUUUUGCAGAAAGCACGCGCCAGAGCUUCUGAAUACAUUGUUAUAGAAGGUCAGAAGUCUGUUCCCACGAUCGUAAUCUGUUGCAGCUGCAGAGCUCCCCGAUUUAGAUUUAGUAACAGUUUCACAGGCUCCCUCUAGGGGAAGAACUUCUAUUUGAUCUUUUCUUUUAAAAGUAGAUCUAGCAACAAAGUUUCCUUUUUCAGAUAUUUUGUCAAUAUUUGUUCCUUUAAAAUGCGAAGGAGAACGAUGGAAUCACUAUGUUUCUCUUCUUUUAACUAUCUGUCAAAGACGUUUGUCUAUGGUCAAUGAACUUCCCAAAGAACGUCAGUCCUGACACCCCGCUCCCAGGUCCGAGACGGUGGAAAAUUACUUUUCUUUACACUCUCUUCUGCAGGUUUAACCAGUCCGGAAAAAAUCCCCCCUCUUCUCCUGCUUCCGAAGGGGGUUCAACAAUUUUAAAUGAUGAAAGUUAAUCCUUUACAAACGAUUUUCUGAACUCUAGUUUGCCAUGUCUUUGCUUUAAUCUAUCUACAAGAAACGGAAGGCUGACUUCCUGUUUAGACCUUCCCGUUUCAGUGCCAAAUUGAGAAGAAUUUCUUAGUCCAAUUUUCCUUUCUACUCGCAGGUCAUUAUUUAAAGUCCAAUUGUUCGAAAUUGAGCUACUCAUGGGUAAUUGUUUUAAAAGCCAAAUUGUCCCAGGAAAAAGGCAGCGCUCUCCGGCAACGGCUAUGCGGCUUCGCUCCACGGAAGAAGCAGUUGACUCUCAGCACCGCGCCACUUGCCCCUCUUCGCUCCAGAGCCCGUAACUGGGUUCCUUUACGAGUUGGGGGGGCAUGAAAGGUGCCCGCCGAGUCCCAUGGUCACAGGCUUCAUCCGCCUGUGAUUUUUCAAAGGGUCCCCGCUUCGCCGUAGUGGGAAAGACCCGUUUUCCGUGGAGCCAGUCCCUCCGGAUCAGAGGGAGUCCGCCAUUACCGAUGGCGCCACCCCGGAAGUCCGGAUCAGUCACUUUCAGUCAUAAAUGUCAGGAUAAAAUGGGGAGAGGGGGAAGCAUAUAUGGUACACUGAGCUGCCUGAGUGAAAUAUGGAAUAUAAAAGUAACACUAAUAAAAAAUAGGCAAGCUUUGCUUUCAUAGUAAAGAAAAAGACAUAAACAUGCCAACAGGCUCACUCCGGGUAUCUGCCAUUUUGCCCUUGUAUGGCUUUGUAACAAAAAUUGCUCAGCUUUUCAUGAUGAACUGCGGAAGAGCCCAAGCUGUACAAUUUCCACUCAGUGGUCCAAUUUCUAACUGGAUAUAAUUCUGGAGAACUCCAAAGUGAGCUCACUGAUUUUUCCAAGAAGCAUAGAUAAGCUUUGCAGCCCAAUCAUAGGGUUUAUAAUGCAUGGCAUAGGUGUGUUCAGGCAUUCCUCUGAACAUGCAAAGGCUUAAAAGUGUGGGUGGGGAUCCAGUGUGUUUGUGUGGCAUGUACAGAAGCCUCCUUCAGUCCUUAGCUUUCACCAUGUAGUGCUGGGAAGAUCUGCAGGAGGCUUCUUACAUUUUGUUUGUGCAUCUUCCACAUGAUCAGAAACCCUGCUUUAUCAAGGCCACCAAUUACUUGUAUAAAGGAAAUGUAAGUAGAAGGCCUCCUACACCUUCCUCAUGCAACCUGGGGAGACUUGAGGCAAGGGACCAUGCACAUGAGGAUGUUGGUGGUGGGGCUUUGCAUUCUGCUGUCCAUACUUUGUAUUUGCUGCAUUCAGGCAAACACUUGAACACACCUUUGGGAAUAAUAUUGCAGUCCGGUGCCCAGCAUUGGAGACAGCACCAUUGCUGCUGAUUAUUGUCCUUGUUUCAUAUUUGAGGGCUUCUGAUAGGAUGUUGACUGGAUUAGACUGAAUUGAUCUGAUUCAACAGGUUCCUUGUUAUGCUCUUCCUUGUAAACUAGGGUUCACUGUGGAGAAUGACCACAGCUCAGUGGGAGAGCACACUUUAUAUGCAGAAGGUCCUAGGUGCAUCCAUGGCAUCUUCACUUAGGAAUAAUCAGAAAUAAUGACGUGAAAAACCUUAUAGUCCAAGACCUUGGGAAACUACUGCCAGUCAAAGCAGACACACUGGGUGAUGGACAAGAAGUCUGUUCUCGCCCCAUGAUGUUUAUCUGUGGAUUUCUGAAUACAAGUAUCACAGGUCAGUAAUAGUGGCUGAUACAAAAAUCUAGGUACAUCCGAUAGCCAUACCAUAUCAGGAACAAAAAAAUAGCAACCCUGAAAAAAACAAAGCCCUCUUUGGGAGCUGGUAUUUUGAGCUACAAAUCUGUCUCUUUCUUUGGGUUGUCCUGGGCAAGAUAAAGUGACCAGCAAAGUUAAUAAAUAAUAAUAUUGUUGUUGGCAUCUUUCUGUCUCGGGAAACAAUGGAGGAGUGCAUGAAGUCAAACCGUUGGUGUUACAGCGCCUGCUGUGGCUGUGGAGACUGACACUGGAGAUACGGUAGAUGUUUUGUUGCAGCUAGGGCAAAUGAAGGCAUCCAGAGCGGAUCUCAGGCACUAAGCCCGUUGACAGAUCAACUGUGCAUUACAAAGAUGUCUGCAAACGUGAUCUGAAGGCUGACAGCAUCUCACUGUGUGGGAAUCCAUUGCAGACUGCCAAUGUGAAUACUCAGUACUGACCUGGAUGGACAAAUGGCUCAGCAUUAAGCAUUUCCCAUGUUCCUCUCUGAGCCCCAUCAUCUACCACAGGUGAAACAACACCUGUUGUUUGGUUUGGUUUGCGAGGCUGUUGUGGGGAUUACAGAUGCUAUUUUUCUCGGGAAAGGUCCCGGAACUCCCUAUGAUCGCCUCCCUUGUUCUCUUAUAAUGGCAAGGGCACCCAACUGAGAGGUGCCAGAACUGGGUUCCAGCGAGUUCUCUCUGAAAGCAAGCCCUGGGUACCAACAAAAACUCAUUACUAUCCAACACCCAAAGUACCUAAAAUGUCCUAAGCUCCGCACGUACGUCAAAAGGCAAAGGCAGAGCAUACAUGCGAUGCUCCUGCAGCCCUGGAAAGCUGCCGUUUUAAGUAUCAGGUGGCGCUGUGGGUUAAACCACAGAGCCUAGGACUUGCCGAUCAGAAGGUCGGCGGUUUGAAUCCCUGCAAAGGAGUGAGCUCCCGUUGCUCGGUCCCUGCUCCUGCCAACCUAGCAGUUUGAAAGCACGCCAAAGUGCAAGUAGAUCAAUAGGUACCACUCUGGUGGGAAGGUAAACAGCGUUUCUGUGCGCUGCUCUAGUUUGCCAGAAGCGGCUUAGUUAUGCUGGCCACAUGACCUGGAAGCUGUACGCCGGCUCCCUUGGCCAAUAAAGUGAGAUGAGCGUGGCAACCCCAGAGUUGGUCACGACUGGACCUAAGAGUUGGUCACGAGGGCAACCAAAAUGGUCAAAGGCCUGGAAACGAUGCCUUAUGAGGAACGGCUAAGGGAGCUGGGCAUGUUUAGCCUGGAGAAGAGGAGGUUAAGGGGUGAUAUGAUAGCCAUGUUCAAAUAUAUAAAAGGAUGUCACAUAGAGGAGGGAGAAAGGUUGUUUUCUGCUGCUCCAGAGAAGCGGACACGGAGCAAUGGAUCCAAACUACAAGAAAGAAGAUUCCACCUAAACAUUAGGAAGAACUUCCUGACAGUAAGAGCUGUUCGACAGUGGAAUUUGCUGCCAAGGAGUGUGGUGGAGUCUCCUUCUUUGGAGGUCUUUAAGCAGAGGCUUGACAACCAUAUGUCAGGAGUGCUCUGAUGGUGUUUCCUGCUUGGCAGGGGGUUGGACUCGAUGGCCCUUGUGGUCUCUUCCAGCUCUAUGAUUCUAUGAUUCUAUGAUUCUAAUGGUCAGGGGUCCCUUUACCUUUUACCAAAUGUUAGAACCCAGUGGAACUCAAUAAUAAUGGCAGCGACAUUUAUGGACAAAUUUAUAGACAGAUAUGUACAGCCGCCCAGCAAAUCGAAUCCCCCUCGCCGCCAUCCCAGAGGCGGCUUAAAACGCCCCCGGGGCGGGAAGGAAGCGCCUCGCGACCUCGCUCGGCUGCAGCAGCGCAGAACCCGCGGGGGGGGGUGGUGGCCGGUGGCGGAGUCACGUGACACGCGCCGACUCCAACACGGCUCCCCCCCUCCCCUUCCUCGGCGCGCCUCUCUCUCGUUCUCUCUCUGUGGUGGCUAAGCCGCCUGGCUGGCGGCCGAGGGGCUUCCGGCGGGAACCGGAAGUGGGCUCGAGCUUCUCUGGUGGAGCUAGCGGUUUUGGCGCAUUCCGUGCCGGAGAGGGAGACCAGCUGCACCGGCGACCUUUUCCUCCUCCUCCUCCUCUUCCUCCUCUUUUCAUUUUCUUUUCUCCUCCUCCUCUUUCUCCUCCUAACCGGAGCUGCCUCCCCCCCACUCUGUUCCCCCCUCUCUCCUCGGCUUGGCUUGUUCUUCUCCCCGCCUUCCUUCCCUCCCUCCCUCUCCGGGCUCGGGAGCCGCCCCCUCCGCCUCCCAGCUGGAUUUCAGAGGUGAGCCGAGCUCGGGGGGGCCUUUAGCCCGCGCCUCUCUCCCUUCCCCCCCCCCGCCAUCUUCCUAUCCCUGAGGGGGAAACGUCAGCCCCCCGGGGGGAGGGGAAGCCAAGGAAUCCCACCUGCUUCUCCUCCACAGGGAACUGGAGCGUGUCUGUGUAUAUUUGGGGGAGGGGGACAAGAUCUGUAUUAAGGUUGGGGUGAAGUGCCAAUAGGUGCGCUAUGCCUCGUGUGUGUGUGUGAAGGUUAGGAGAACUGCUGAGGGAUAUCCCGCAACGUGGGGGGUGGGGUGGGGAGUUGAUGGACACCAUGUAAACAGCAUGCCUCUUUGUGUUUCCGUUACAUGUCUGUGCUCAUUUUCAACCUUUUUUUUUGUUUUUCAGUUGUGUGUGCGUGCCUGGGCAGAAAUCAAGUUUGAUAAAAUAGACAGGUUUACAGGAAUGGGGUAUUUGAAGAAAGAGGCGCUGGGGGGGGGGUGGAGUAAGGGGGCUGCCUGCAGCCGAAUUUUGCUUUAUUUUACUUAAAACAAUAACAAUUGUGCUGCUUUAUCAUUACCGUAACAGGAACGGCGUUAUGCUGUAAACCGUUCACAGUACAGGAAUCCAGUCAAGCUAACAUUAUCAGAUUAAAAAGUUCGGAGCAGCCAGAACCAAGGACAUCUGCGGCUGGUACUAAUGGUCAGGGAAAGCCCAGGAUAAAUAAAUGAGGAUUUACAGUACUCAUUCAAAAGGGAGAACAUUUCACACACACACACACACAGAGAGAAGGUCACAUUAACUAUCUUAAGUUAAGUGGUGGUUGUUCUGAAUAGCCUGAAAGUGAAUCCUGCUGUUUGAAUGCUGAGGUGUUCACCGGUACCCUUGCUCCAAGGUGUAUGUUUCUUGAACAAAUGAGGUAAUCAGGGCAAUUAGUGUGUGGAAGGCUGCCAAUUAGAUUCAGAGAGCCUGUAGUGUUUCAGUGAACUUCACAUCCCCAAACACAUUCUCUGUAAUAAAAUAAUAGCGCUUUUUCUGUAGUUUUGGAAAUAGCUUAGGCUGCAUUCUACAGGGCUUGUGGUGUUUGAGUUUCAUACCAAGUGAGUUGAAACAGUGUUGCAUCUGUUGUAACUCUGUAUUAUUAAUGAAAAUAAGCAUUCACAUAGCACAUAUAUGUAUUUCCAACAGUAGUAAUCGCUUACAUAUCAUUUUAAGUAUUCAGACCACUUCAAAUAAAUUCUCAGUAAUCUUUAUGUUGUCCAAUUAAGGUAAAUUAAUAUUAUUCACUUAUUAUGCAGUGGGAGCUCAAACAGAGUAGUUACUUGAGGCCACCUAGUUUGGUUAGACCUUUUCUGUAACAGUGAUGUGGUUAAUGAUUUCAUGGCAGAGAAGCCUUCACUUGCAUUUGUUUCCCUUGAACAAGUGAUUAAUGCUGUUUGCCUGAACCAAAACAAAAGAGAGCCUCUCUGAUAAACCUGCAGGCUAUAUAUAAAUGUUUUUAGGAUGCAUCUCCUUUAGGUUUAGAAAUGAGAUGAUCUUAAGGAGAAAAAUAGCUGUCCCUAAGAGACAUAAAGUUUCUUGGUGUCUCUUGCUGAAAUGUAUAGACUGGGGAUAAGUAUUGUCUGUGAUAACUAAGCUAAAGAAAACAUUUAAUAUAACACAAAACCUAUGGAAUGUCACAUCCUUUGGAAUUUAUUUUCUUAAGGUUUCAUGAAGGCCACAAUCUCCCCAUGGCUGAAAAGAAUUGAUAAAUUGAUGCAGGAUCAAUCUGUUAGUUGCUACUACUCAUCGUGUUGAAAGAUGGUAUGUUCCAGAUAUUAGGCCCAAGAAGAAGUAACAUUUAGUGUAUAAAAACUUCAUACCCAUGUGGGUGUUGCCCAUGAUGUUUAAUGUUUGCAUUAUGUUUAACAUAAUGUUUAAACUUGACUACUUGUUCCUAUACAUAGAAUAUUAGCAUGCCUUUCAUCUGCAUCACGGAUUCUUAAGGUACUAAUGCUACAUGCAGAAAUAAGCAACCCACUUUAAAAGUGAUGCAGGCAGUAGGUUGUCAGAUUGUGAGGACUAAUGAGACAUAGGUAUUGCCAUUCUGCCAUUCAUAUAAAUCACCCUGUAGCCUCUGGCUACCCAUUUUAAAAUAAUGCUGAUCUUGAUGGACUGUUGAUAGAAUCUCACACUGAAAUUCUGUUUCUAAUGAAGUAGCAAGAAAUUUUGAAUGCCCAGGUUACUGUGCUGCUGUAAUGUUUCCAGGUUAUGUUUCUGUGUACAGUGGUGAUUGUUUAUUUGGGCAUUUAUAUCCUCCUAUUCUGUGAUAAAAUCAAACGUGACAUGACUUCCAAAUAAAAAUAUAUAUCACAACAAAAUUAAAAAUACUGUAGCAUAAAAAAAAUCACAUAUUGACAUAGAAAUUUGGGAGAGGCAUUCCAACUCAAUAGGUAAAGCACAUUCAUUGUCUGCAAAAGGUUCCCAUCAUGUCCAAGUAGGACUUUGAAGAUUCCUUUCUGAAUCACUGAAGACUUCCUGCAGGUCCGUUUUGGCAAUAAUGAGAGAGAUGAGUGCUUGGUUGGUCUUACUUGUUACCAGGCAGCUUCCCAUGUUGCUAUCAAUUCUCAAGCUUUGAUUAUGGAAGAAAUAACUAUUUCCAAUAUCCCUUGACACAUAAUCCUCCCACAUUUGCAUUAAAGUGGCAAAAUAAUAAUUUUCAAAACCCUUUUGUCACUGGUUAGUUGAAUUCUAAUUUUCUUUACCUUAUGCUAUUUGUCAUCAAGGAGAAAAAGGGGAAGGUGAAAUUUAUUUUUAAAAGUAGUGCAGCAGAGGAUAUCUUGGGCAGUGCAUGUAUGACAUGAACAAUCUCAUUCCUGACUGGAUGGCUGAGAUAAGAUUGUAUUACUGUGUAUGUGAUAAAAAAGCUCAGAUAGUUUCAGCAUUACUAGGUUAGAAUGGCAAGUUGUGGCACAUCCCCCAGGUUGCAAAAAUGACAGUGGAAUUGCUAGAUUUGACAGUUUUGUUCAGUUUCAUUAUUUUAUUUAUUUUAUAAAAUUUAUACAUGGCUUGAUUGGAAAAAUACCUCAAAGUAGGCUUUGAAUUUUUCUUAUAUUCUGAACUAUGUGGAAUCUUCACAACCAUUCUUGCUCAUUUUUUAAUUAGCAACAUGUACUUUAUGUUAUUGUACUCAACAUAUAUGCUAUAUGAUGUGACCAUGGUUAAUAUCAUUUUGGAUUAAUUGUUGGUACUGUUUGAAUAGCCACCAAAUUCCCAAAAUGAUGAAUUAAAAAAUGUAUUUAUCAGCCAGUGAUGGAGGUGCUUUCCUCCUAUUUAGCUGUUAAUCAGGAAAACGACUGAGUGUUUUCCAAGUGCUUGUAGACUUCAAGUUCAAAUCAAAUUGUCAUAUUUUCCUACUCAUAUUUAUAUUUUAUGAACAUUAUUAUUAUUUUACAAAAUCAAUAUUAAAAUAAGCAGAAACUUUGCGAGUAUACUGUGAAUAGGCAAGAAUAAAGCUUUAUUAAUUUUGAGGAAAGCAAGACCACAUCUCUGCUGUUAUAAAAAUCAUUGGAUUCCAGCAAUAUGUGAAGAAAUUUCGUAUUUGGUCAGGGCUUUUUAACAACACUGGGCAAGCUCGGAAUUAAGAGAGACGUGUAACAGAAUGAGAUAAUAUUGUUAAUGGAAUAAUGAAAUGUGCAGAUAAAUAUCUGGGUUUAUGCAAAGUAAAUGGAGAUUAGAUAUGGCUUUAAAGCACGCACUUCAGCCAGGUGUGUUUAUGAUAAGGAAAGUGAACAAUGAUGUGACCUAAGGAAAUUGCUGGUUUUGCUCAUGCAAAUUAGCAGAGCUUUGGAAGCUAUGAAAGAACUCAGCGAUUAGGUUAUUUCAACAGCAAGUGAAAAUCCACUGCAGGAAAUUACUGGCUGAAAAGAAUCAUGUAAUUUGGUUGGACAUUUUAGCUGUUAGGCCAGAGGACUGUUUCAUAUAUGCCUGUUGUCCUUAGCCCAUCUAACAGGCCUAUCCACCCAAUCAUCUGCUUCCCAUGCUGUGCCACAGAACUCCUGAAUGAAAAAGCAGACUGCAUUGUGGAUAGUGUGUGAGAAGAACUCUGCUGUCAGGUCAUCACAGUCAAACUCUUUGGGCCACCAUUUGCUAGUGGCUGGGUAUAGGUAGAUGCAUAUUGCCAAAUUUAGACGAGGCUCAUUUUUCCUGUAGCCGCUGUUUGAGAACUUCAGUGCUCGAGUCAGGUGAUAUGCAUGUACCAGUCUUUCCACAUGGCAUCCUGUUUCAAUCUGUUUCCUUCCUGCCUCAGUGUCUCAGCGGUGUUUUACCAGAACAUAAUAGAACUGGGUUUCCUGUUGCUUGUUUUCUUCCCUUCCUGUAUCUGCUGGCUUUCCUCAGUUAACUGGGGUCCAUUGGGUCCAUUCCUGGCUUAAUAUUCUUUGUUAUGAUCCUUCUAUUUUAAUACUUCCCUUCCACUCCUGUUCCUAAUGCAAACUGGUUUGGCAAAUCUUAUAUAAAGACUGAAGAAUUGUCCUCUGGGACACUGACACCAGGAAAAGUGAAGAGAUCUUCUGGAUAAACAGAACUGUCUGCUUCCCUGAAUCAUGGCUGCUGGUUUUGGUGGUCAGAAUUGUCAUAAUAUUGCAGAUUUGUUUACUUGUCUUGCUGAUAACUAUCUGAAUUUUAUAGAGAAUUCCAGGGAAUUUUCAUGAUUGUUCUCUGAAUUCACAUGGAGUGCUUCUCCACCCCUAGCUAAAGUGGUGGUCUAGAACAAUGCCAGUCAACAUGGUGCCCUCCAGAUGUUUUGGGUUGCAACUCUCAUCAUCCCCAGCCAAUAUGGCCAAUGGUCAGGGAUAAUGGGAGUUCUAGUUCAAAACAUUUUUGGUGACUGACAUCUUCAUCAUAUGGCUAGUACGCAGCAACAUUUUCUGUUGUGCGACCAAGCACCAAAAGAAGCUGCUGCACACCAGCCAGCCAGCCAAUUUGUGGAAAUGUCUCGUUGCUGUUUUAUUCUGGAUUGUUUCAUUUGAUUUUUUUAAUAUGUUGUAAUCCGCUUUGAGAUUUUGUUUAAAGGGGUAUAGAAAUGAAUAAUAAUAAUAAACCCCACCACAUAAAAAAGUGACUAGACAGUUUUGGCACCCGAAACCUAGGUUUAGGGUGCCAUUUGGUGAUUAGCUUAUAUAACACUGGUUAUCUAACACUGGUUGUGAGCAAGCCAUCAUUUAGGAAAGGUUGACUACCAUUACUAUUUUUGUGUAUGUGGGAAAUGCAACGAAUCUUUGAAAAAUUCUUAGUUUCCUUAUAACACAGCUUGAAAAUCCCUGCUCCGCUAAACAAGGUUUAAUUUUAUUCUACAAUCUUAAUUAAUUGUUUAUGUUGCAAUAAAUGUUGUAGUCUUUAAGGCACAACAGAACUCUUUAUUGUUCCUUCCGCAACAGAUUAACAUGCCUAGCCCUCUGAAAAUCUUAACUGUUAACUUCUGUGUCUGUUUGUUAAAAAGAAGUUUAAGGGAAACACUUCUUUCAAGUGCUUCACUUCCUUUUAAAUUGCACUUCUUCAUUCCCAGGAAAGUAUUCAUUUAUUAAUAAUAAUGCCUGUUUAAAAUUUGAAUGCCAAAUCAAACUCUAUGUUGGAGAAUAGAGCAGAAAGGGGUGGGGAGCUUGCUUUUGCAUUUAUACUCGCUCUACCACUCUCCCUCCCUCAAACGUAAGCAAUUUUAAAUGGACAAAAAAGGAAGCACACUGCUUUAGUAAUUCUUUCCGCAUUCUGAUAUUUCCUGAAAGAGAUAUUGUCUCUUGGCUUUCAGAAACAUGAAUGCCUGAGGGAUUUUUUUCUUUCAUUACACAACUCGUCUUGAUUACUUAAGAUCGGACAAGUAAGCGUAUUAGGAAUACCAACUAUUGCUAAAGUAGGUGACUUAUUGGGGGGACCUUGUAACAUAGUUUCUUGAUCUUUUAUGCUUGCUAUUCUUGUUUCAUCUUUGACAGUUAAAUGAUAAUUUGUUUUACAUUUUAUCUUCCAGAAAUAAAUAAUCAGAAAUAAUCUGAUACACUCAAUAAAAAAUAGAUGUUGUGUGUUUUAUUUAAAGGUAUAAAACAUGCACAGUAAAGGAUAAUUCGGAUACUGGAAUAGUAGUAUUAAAAAACUGUAGUUGUCUCUUUGCCAUUGUAGAAUAUUUUAUAUCUCUCCUACCUUCUAUGGGAUGAUUUGUUAGGAUGUGAAUAACUUAAGGCAAGUCAUUUUUCUGCUGUGGACCUGAUUUAUCACUGUUGCAAAAUUUUUUGCUUGGGGCAUUUAAGGGAGCAUUGUUUGCAACUUAGCAAACUAGUUCUUAUAUACUCAAGUGUGAUGUUACCUUUGCCAUAAUGCCGUUUUCAGUUGGACUCAUCAGUUGCUGCCUCAUUAUGUUAGCAAAUAGCUUUGAAAAUACCAUUUGUGCAACACCAGUUCAAAUGAAUAUAGUUCAAAUGUGUAGUCAAACCUUUAUCUGACUUCCUCAUGCAAAACAGUUGCAACACAUGAAGGGGACAUUAAAAAACACAAUCAAGUUCAUCCACAGUUUACAGAAACCAGGCCUAUGUUAGGUGACCUGAUAGUUUCAUAUGUUGCCAUGGGAAGGCUACAAUUGCAGCUUUUGGCCUAUGAAUUCGAGAGUACUCCCAACAGAAAUUGAGAAACUCCAAAUAUAGGUGUCACGCCACUUAAUGCACAGUUGACUUGUGUGGGACUGCAUAUCUGCGUGGCACUGGGAAAUACAUACAUACAUAUCAGGAAAUGGGGGAAAGUCCUCAGGGCUUGUAAGGAGACCCUCCCUGGAGCCAGAAGAGGAUGUCAUUGAGGGCACAGAAAGCCCCCAAAAGACCAGAGGCACAGCAAGGCUUUGUUUAGGCUGCUCAGCCUCCACACCUAACAGCUGAAGCGCACAUCUUCCAACCAGCCCCAGAGCUUCAACUGUAGAUAUUUCGGUCUGGAUUGAAGAGAGGCGGAGAGCAGGAAAAAACGCGUGUUUAGAGGGUGUUCCCCCUUUUGUGAUUUUCACUUAGGCGCGCAGGGAUGUUUGUAUAGAUUCCUGUCUGUUUACAAUGUAUUAUUAUAGUUAACAUUUACUUGUUGUCUUGAAUCAUCUGAUUAUGUUCUUUUGACACUGUAUUUUGAUCAGUAUGGCCUAGCUAGUGGUGUGCUGAGAGAUCCCAUGUAUCCAGUUCACGCUAUGCUUACCUGCAAGUGAAUGUGCAUACUUGGAUUACAACUACAUCCGUACUUGUGUAUUUAUCCUCACAGGUCUGUAAUCAAGUGAGGUGGGGCUGGGUACAUCCACAUUGUGUGUGUCCCUGUGCUCUGCUAUGGCCCUUCUCUGGUUCGCACCCAUCUGUCGAGAGACUAUGGAGUGCAUCUUCAGGGGUGAAGUCAAACUGCUGCAUUAGCAGCAGCAAAUUGACCUCCCUGGGGAAGAAGCCUGGGCAGUGAGUAUGGAGGUCUUGGACUUCCCAGAUGGCAAGACCCCCUGGCCCUUGCUGAUGUGAUCCAAAGGAAAGUCGAGCAAUACGUUCGGCACCAGCUUGGCUGCAGGAGUUGUGGGAAGGAAGCAUACAAGAUGCCACCCAACUGCUUUAGGAACUGCACUCCAGAUGUGGGCAGGAUUUGCUCCUUAGCAUUUUCUUCUACCAAAGAUAUCUCCCAAGGCAGCAGGGGUUUGGGAUCAGAGUUUUGCUUCUCCUAGAUGGGCUACCUUCCUUGGCUGACGAGCUCUACCAACCCCUCACUUUCCUUUAUCUAGAGCUUGUGCAGAAGCUGCCUUCUUGACCAUCAGACCCACUAUUGGUCUUGUCCACUCAAUUUACUAGAGCCUGUCUUUGCAUGCAGGUACUAUUUCCUCCAUAGUACUAUCCAUACAUUGGGGGCAUGUCUGCAGUGGGACAACUUGCCAAAUGUGUGUUGCUUGUCUCCAUGAGCCGCAACCCUGAAUGCUCAUUAUGGGGCUAGCCAGUGUGCAUUUGGAAAGCUGUCCUGCUGCUGCCAUGCCCCUAAUGUGUGGAUAGCAUUGGGGAGGGGGCAUAGCAGGGCACCACUCAUCCCUCAUGGGAGGCUGAACACCUGAAUAAGGCUUUACUCUAAAACAAUUCCACUGAUAUUAAAUCUCAUUGAAAGAAAUGAAAUAUGCUUUCAAGAAGUAGGAUUAUGAUGGUGCAGUAAGUGUACCUGUCAGCUCAUACUGAAGGUAAACUGCAACAUCUGAACUGUGGAUUUUUUCAUUUCUCACUAAUGUUCUCAUUGUGGCCCUUAACAUGCAUGAUAGCAGGAAGAUUAAAGUAUAGGUGGUAGUUUUGCAUGCUUCAGCAAUAAUUGACUUAAAAUGUGAAAGUCUUUUUGACUAAUUUUUGUAUUGUUUCACUAAUCAAUAUUUAAUAUGGUUUUCAUAGGAUAUUUAACAUGACACUGAUAUACUGGACAGGUAAUUUCCAUUAUUUUGAAAACCUAAUUUAAUAGGGUGAAUCCAGGUAACUGCCAGCAAUGAUCCCCUCUUGUGGCUGCAAUCCUAUACUCAUUUAUCUGGGAGUACAUCCCAUUGAACUCAAUGAGAUUUACUUCUGUGUAAACAUGUAUAGGAUUGUGCUGUGUAUCUCCAUGUAUCAUACUGUUUUGCUAAGGACUUGUUCAGUUAAUUCCAUUUCUUACAUUAAAUUUGUAAGAUUUUUGUGGUGAAAGGGCAAUUGAUCUUGACAUAAAUCACCUUUCCAACUUAAGUGAUUUGCUACCAAAGCUUAAAGGAUAAUAUUCCCCCCCCCUUUUAAGGUUCAGUAAUCUCUCUUUAAAAGCUAAAGGCUGUUCGGUCUUUUGGAUAGUUUUACAGUACAAUGCUAUAUAUAUCUUCUUGGAAGUAAGCCCCAUUGAGUUCAUUGGGGAUUACUUUCAUGUAUGUUAGCAUUGGAUUGCAGCCUUAAAGUACACUUGGAGCUGCAGCACAUAAAUUUUUUCCUACGCUGGCUUCCUGAUGUGUCUGUUAAUAAUGAUAAAUAUACUCUGUUGUCACAUACAGUGGUGUACAUGUUUAUUGCACACAACAGUGGAUGGUGUAGGAGAAAUAUCACGUGUCAGUGGGCCUUUGAAUCCUGCUUGUUAAUUUCUCCCUUUUCCCGUCUUCUGUGCGUGUGUGUGUGUGUGUGUUUGCUUGCUGCCUCCUCAGCUUUAGGUAUAACUUCUUGCAAGAUCUGGAGGAGGGCUUGCAUUUAAGCAUGUCUUUUUCCUGAAUAAUGCAUGAAUUUUGCAGUCAUUCUGGUGCAUGAAGAUGUGCAAAGGAUCAUUAGUAUAAUGAAAUGCAGAAUGAUGAUGUCCAACUGACUAAGCUGUUAACAUUUUAUGAGCAAAUAACUUCUCUAGUUCUAAAAUUGUAUUCCCCCCCCUCAAAGCUUUUGACGGUGCUUUAUUAUGUUUGUCCUUCUCUUCCAGUUUUUGAAGGUUUUUAGUUUUGUCUAAAUUGCACUGGAAACCGCAUUGGGCAAGGGCCUGACUUUAACCUGUGUUUUGUUUAGCACCUUGUAGAUGUAGGUGCAUGAUUUAGAAUAAAUAUGAAUAAAUAUUAAAAUGAUUUCUUCCUACUCUCCAAAUUUGAUUUGUAUCACUUGAAUUGUGGCUCUUCCUUUCUUGUUGGAAAUGAUAAAAAAGGGCCUGUAUCUAAACAGCCGCUUGUUUUCUUGAUGCUGUGAAAAAUGGCUUAAAUAAAGUGUUCAUUUUGCAGAACGUUUUGACCAUGAUUAAAAGGGAAGGUUAAAUUGCACCAUCAGAUUAAAAUACAUUAUUUAAGUUCAGCUGUUCUAUGAGUGUAGUAGAUAUUUUAGCCAGAGCUAGCACAAAGAUGAGGAAAAUCUAAGUCCCCUUGGGUCUGCUUUGAGCUUAAGAAUUUUAAUAAUGACUAGUGGAGGGAAAUUAUCACUCACAGGUUGACCUUUUGGACACAUCUUCCAAACCGCUGAUACCAUUUCUGUUGGUUGCUAAUCACAAGAAAAGUACAUGUGAAAAGGGUGCUUAGCUUGUAGGAAAGGCUGUUUCAGACGAAUGCUCCUUUCUCAUAUCCAUGUACCAAAACAUACAGUAUCCUCAGCCUUAAUUAGUAAGUCUAAUUAAACAGAGUCACGUAGUAUUUUUCUGUGUUAAUUUCAAGUAUUAUUUACACUACAUUGCCUUGCAGUUUGCAAAACAUGCAUUUUUUUUGGCUGUAGAUUUCAUAACCUAGAUUUUUCAAACCCCAACAGUCUUCUAGUUGUUAGAUGUAUAUAACAGUUCUCAUUCCUAAUUUGAGAGUUCGUGUAUUGUCAAACCUCCCUACAUCAGGGAUUUCCACACAGUUGUUUUAAAUGCUGCUCAAACUUCUUUGCUUAACUUUAUGGCUUUCUUCUUUGUUCUGCAAGUUCCUGGACUGUCAUUACUGUUUCGGAAUUCUUUUUCGGGUGGGGGAAAUGAAUGUUGCCUUCUGAGUUGAUAGUCUUUUAACCUUGGAUUCAAAGUAACAAUUAGCCAUUGUUCUGUUAUUGAAGCUAAAAACUCACAUGUUAAGAUUAGAGCUGGCACCAGUUAAAGAAAAUUUAAUUGAUUAACUAUGAGCUAUAAUUGUUUAAAAUUGUAUACAAAUAGAAUUAUAAUUCUGAACAGUAUUAUUUGUCUUUAGAUUAUUGACACAUGAAUAGACACCAUUUUAGAAGAGGCAUUCUUUCCCAUGGGGGAGAGGAGGAAUACCUCUGUUAAAGUGUUGUCUGCCUCCCAUUGUUAUGUAAGUCCUUGUACUAGAACAAAUUCUGCUGUCAGAUGAACAGUGGCCAUCUUCUUAACUGAAAGGUUUUUAAUUGAUAAAAUGCUUCAGCUCUUGUUAAAAUGGAAUUUGAGGAGGGGAGGAAUUGGAAAACGUUUCUUUCUUAAUAGAUUCAUAUCAAUUGUCAAAAGAUUUGGAUACAGUGGAGUUUCUUGGACACUGUUCCCUAAAUGAAGCACAACUUGAUAUUCUUAUGGGAGCAGUAUGGUUCAUGCAUGGGCAAGUAUGGUUGAAGUGUACUGUCAGGUAAUUUAAACACAGUUCAGAUGACUUUUGAAAUGCAUAGUAGUGAUUUUCAAAUAGAGCAAAAUGUUAAAAAAAGAUACAUUUGCAAAUCUGUUUUAAUAUUCUUCAUAGCAUUGAAUGUUAAAUGAAUUAACUUUUUAAAGAAUUUAAUUUGAUUAUAGCACAAUCUUUGCGUAAGGCGUUUUAUGAAAGAACAAGUUCAGAACAAGUUAGUAAACUGUUGCAAAAUUUUACCAAAUAUUCUACUAAAUAUUACCUGACACCACCCUUCAAACAUCGUCUUCCUUUACUUACAGCUGGGUUUAUGACUUUGCAUGCAUUUCAUUGAAGUCCAGUAGGUGUUUGAUUGUUUGCUGGAAGCAUUUUGGAAUUCUCACUGGGUUUGCAUUUCGAAGGCACUUCGUAGGCCUCUAGCCUAGAGGAUGAUUUUUUUUAUUUAUACAGUGGCUUUUUAGCUAACAAUUAAUGGCAGAGAAUGUGGUCGCAAUUCUCCUGCUUUCAUAUAUCUGCAGCAUUAUUUUUUAAAUAGAAUCAGAAUUAAAUAAUCUUAACUAAAAGCAGCUCUUUUUCCUCAGACAAAAACAAAAUAUCCCUUCCCUAAAAAUGAUUUAAGAAUUUUGCAGGCUUAAAUUUUUCCAUUACAAUUAUUUCUUCUAAGACUAACUCAUUAUAUAAGGCAAAUUCUAAUACUUAACACUUGAUUUUAGUUUAUCUUAGGAACUUCUGGGAAGUUAUUUUUUUGAAGUAAUGCCCACAGAAAGUGGAAGUUGUGCCACUGCUCGCCAAGCCAAGCAGAAACGCAAAUCUCACAGUCUUUCUAUACGAAGAACAAACAGUUCUGAACAGGAGCGGUCAGGAUUGCAGAGAGAGAUGUUGGAAGGCCAGGUAAAUUUGGCUGGAGUUUGUGUGUAUUUGUUUGUUUAUAUUUGUUUGUUUAAAUUCUCUACUUAAUCCUAUUAAGGCAAGUUACAAUAGCUUGAUAACAAUCUAUUGAGCAGCAAGACUAAUUCCAUAUAAUUCCAAAAAACAAAAGAUAUUUUUUUCAAAAACAAAACAAAACUUGCCAAGGCAGCAUGGGGGGUUUCCAUACUGUGAGGAAUGAUGAAAUGUAAAAGCCUAUAACUCCGAGUUUAAAACUUGGGAAUGCCUAAGCAUUCAGUCCUUCACCUCAUUUAUCCUCAACUUAUCAUCCUUUUAUGAAUGUUCAGGUGAAACAAGGUGUGUAUACGCUCAAAGCCGCAUCAUUGGUCUUCACUGCUGAACAUGGAAUCAAGGCUGUACCUUGGCUCAGACAGUUGUUUAUGGUGUCGUCAUUAUUGAGGCACCCACCAUUCCAUGCUGCUUGGUUUAUGACUGAAUCAUGGUCAAUUGUUCUUGAGAGUCCCUCGACCCUUCACAGUAGUUUUUGGGGUGGGGAGCUGGGGAAACUGAAAGAAUUGGCAAAAUAGCGCUCACUUCAUCUAGCAGAGUGUUCUGUGACUCACUAAUAGUCCCCCCCCCAAAAAAAAUCAACAUGACAGUGGAGAUCGAAGUAUGAUUUACAUUUGAACUCUUCUUUGGUAUAAUGGAAAAAUUAUUUCAGGAUAGAUUUUGGAGUAAAAUUACAGAAUUGGCAUUGUGUCAAAAAUGCACUAAAGCAAUAUAAAGCACUCCAAUAAUUUUUAAUAUUUUUAUUCUUUCAAGGAUUCUAAACUGCCAUCAUCUGUAAGAAAUACACUCCUGGAACUUUUUGGCCAAAUAGAAAGAGAGUUUGAAAACCUCUACAUUGAAAAUCUUGAAUGUGAGUUGAUCUUUAUAUAAUGUAUUGGAAAAAUAUUUGAAAAGUUGAAAUAAAGGGCAUGGAAAAUAUACCAGAUGCAUUAUAUUUCAGCUAAUUAUUCUGGUCCCCUGCCCCCAUACAUGAUUGUGAAUUAACAGCUUAGUAACAACUCUGAAUGGACGCUUACAUUUCCCAAGUUACAUAUCCACGUAUCACACGUGUUUGAGGUCCUAGCACUUGCAUUGUCCAAUUCCUCUUAACUUGAUCCAUACAGUCUGUCAUGUUCAGUAUGCACGGGUGUGUGUGUGUGUGUGUGUGUGUGUGUGUGUACAUAUAUAUAUAUAUAUAUAUAUAUAUAUAUAUAUUAGAAACAGAGCAUUUGGAUGUCUGAUAUGGCUUCCUGUUUAAUUCUUUAUUUAACUAAGUAACAGCUAUGCUUCAGUAUUUUUAAGCCACAGCAGUUUGAUCAUAAGGCAGCAUAAAAAUGUAACUAUGCAUAGCAAGGAAUAAUAUGUUUGCCGUAUAAGCCCUCUACAGAAUAUGUGGGAGGGGAGGCAGCAGAACUGCCUGCUUUACCCCCACCUCCAUCCUUGAGUUCAUCUCCAGACCUUUGCACAUUGAACACAAAUCCUGAAAGGGGAAAUUUACAUGUUCUUGGCUGAAUGUACAUAGGCUCUCCUUUUCAACUCCCCCCUUCUUUUUGUGAUGGAGUUCUUGAUGUCUGGAGGGGAUGUUGAGGACAGAGCCAGUGUGGGGGGCUAACUUCCAUGGGUUCUUGGAAUUUGUGAAGAAUUAUAAUUCUCCAUUAGUAUCAUUACUUGUGUUUGUUGAUUCAAGAUUGCUGUGCCAGAUAUCUAGACUGGAUGCUCUCUCUUUUUAAACUUGGCAAAAAUAUGUUAAGCUCUAAUGCCGGGUUCAUUGUCUUCCAAUCUGGAGUGGAAUUACAUGCAGGAACAAGCUCUUUGGCAAGCGGUGACUUGGUGAUUGUGGAAGAGAGAUAGCGGUCUUUCCUUCCUGAAUUUUUAUUUGCAUUUAUUAAUGGCUCUUUUGCAUCAGAGUUAUUCCCAUUGGAACUGUAGUUUUGAAGCAACUUACUCAUGGCAAAGCCUGCUGUGAAAUUAUGUCUGAAUCUGAUGGCUGCUGGUUUAAGAUUAUGCUUACUACUUGUGGUAUACAGAUAAACCGCAGAUGCAAAAAGCCCUUUUGGUAGAUGGAAACUGGAGACUACUAGGCUGCACAGUUGAGACCUCGGAAAUAGGGAAUGUGUGAUAAUUUAAAAGUUGUGAUUGAAUGCCUAUUAUCUUCAUUAACAUUGAUUUUUAUGCUACUGCUAGUACGUAGAGAGAUUGAUACACUUAAUGAACGCUUAGCAGCUGAAGGCCAAACCAUUGAUGGAGCUGAACUGAGCAAGGGACAGCUGAAAACAAAAGGUAAGAAGAAGGUGGACAAGUACACCUCUCUUAGUUGGCUUUUCAUAACUGAAGUUGGUGAUUUGUUGGACGGAUGUUAUCACAAAUGUUCAAAUAAAAUUAUGAAACAGCCUUUAAAAACUCACUCCCUUUAAAAUUAUUUGUCUUAACAGCCAGUCAUAGUACCAGUCAGCUGUCUCAGAAAUUAAAGACUACUUACAAGGCAUCUACUAGCAAGGUAUGAAACACACUGAACCUUUUAUUUCCCUGCAGUAUUUACUUGCUAGCCUAAAUUUGGCAGUUUUCUGUUAAGUACUUUCUAUUUUUAUAUAUGCUUAGUGAAGGCUAGCAAAAUCGUUGGCGUCUGUUUUGCACUCCUCUGAAUUGUUGCUUCAAAAUAAUGUAAUGAAUGCAUCGUAAAGGAAAGGAAAGGUUUGCAGCAAGGGAGAGCUGUGACAGGGUUUAAAAAAAACCUGUUAAUAGAAGAUAGAAACUAAUAGCAUUUUGAUUGUGAGGAAUUCUGUAGGAAUAAAAUGUUGUUAAUUUAAAUAGAUGUUACAUCCAUUUCCCCCAUGAAUUUUACUAAUUCAUGGACAUCAUUUUUGUUGUGGCCUCGUUCAAAAUGAGAUGAACUGGAUGCAUCUUCUGAUUGCAGUUACCAGUGACCUGAUCAAUACUUCGAUCAAUAGUGUGUUCUUGCCUCAUGGAAGUAUUACUCAGAAAGUCACAUACAAACCUUUCAUGCUGUUAUCUUCCACAGGGCUUUCAAAAUAUAUUGCUUUUUAGGUUCAAAUGUAAACUUUUGGUGUCUGUUGUGAACAGAGCUAAAUAAAUAUUAUAAAUUCCUAUGGUGGCAGUGUCAAAUAUAGGAUCAGACACAUCACACUUACCCAGUGUUGAUCAUUAAAUUACAUUGGGUUUGCUAACUGCCCCUAUUUACUUAUUUUGCUUUCUGGCUGGUUUCCGGAACAACUAAGGUCAAGACCACUUUCCUACCUCAUGUGUUUUUUUCUGCAUAAACACAGUUUGGAGUUGGUCAGCCUUUCUUCUUUCUAGGAAACUCAGAAACCUGUUGCAAUCCAUCAGGGCUUGUAGCUUAUACUCCCAUCUCCACUGCUGAGUCUAUGCUGAAUGUUGCCCAAACUAUCGCUACUUAGAGAGGUGACCAUACUGGGAAUUAGAAAAGGACUUUGAUUUCAAAUUUGUAGGCCCUACACCCCAAUUUGGACUGGGUCAGGAAAGAGCUGAAGAAAGUGUGUGGAACACUCUUCAGUACAGAAUAUUUCAGGGUAGUUUUUUUUUAGCUUACUUUUGAUUGCACUUUUUAAUGCCCGCUUAUUAGGCAAAUACAGUCAAUAGAUUAAAAAGUUGGUAAUCGAUCAGAUGUAAUUUGAAUGUGCAAACCUAUGAGAAAAUGCCGAGAUGCUUAAAUUUGAUAAUGAAUUGUGUUUAGUGUUCAUUUUCAGUUUAAUUUUCGUUUUUAUUUGUCUUUCUACAUAGUUCGCAAUGUCAGUAUGAAUGUUGUGGGAUGUAAAUAUCUCCUCCAUUUUGCAUCAAUGUAUUAUUAAUCUAUUAAAUACGAACAGCAGUUCACUUUCUUAAAUAGUCAUUAAAAUAAAGACAUUUACUAUUAAGUGUGUGUGUGUUAUAAAUUGUUUUUCUUUUAAAGAAAGUGCUGAAUACUUAUCUCUUCUUACUUGCUAUGUAGCGUUCAAAUUCUUUCCCAGGCAAAUCAGGUGGACCUCGCAACUUCAACGUGGGAAGCUGGGAAAUAUGGGGUGGAGACUCCUGGGUAACUGCUUUGCUUCCCAGUGUGCUAGUAUGCAUGCCCAGCUAAACAGUAGUGAGCGGUGGAACAUGCAGAAUGCCAUCUUAACCAGUUUUCUUCUAUGGAUAUCAUAUCUGUCAACUGUGCCCUCUUGGAGGACCUUGUGCCACCCAUCCUUAACAAUUUCUUGCUUUUGCUUUUGGAUACUAAUUGAUGAGGUCAGAAUCUGAAAACCAAAAGCAGCUUUCCCCUCAUCACAUUCCUUUGCUACAUUUGAUGAAGGUGUUAGCACCAGUCUGGAUUAAUACAGACUGAUGAGUUCAUCCCAGUUAAAACAAACUAGGACAUUACUUUCUUUAUUAAACUGAAUAAAUUUGGUAUAAUUCUCCACACUGCUUUUCUUGGUUUUUAGGGGUUUUGAAGCCAGUGGGUAGGUGGGGAGCUUAUCAAGUGUACCUAGGAUUCAGCAUAUGCCGUAUUGCAGAGAACAAGUAGCAAAAAGACUGGUGUUUAUUUUCUUAUGAAGAUGCUGCAGAAAAUCUUGGGCUACUUAGUAAAGGACUAAUUCAGGACUGCUGCAGCUGGAACUAAAAUCAAGCAAAGUUCAAAACCUCACAAUAGCUCAUAUGCAAUGUAUUAAGCAGCGAGAAUAACAUUAACGAAUGGAAAAUUAUAAAAGAUAUAGUCUUUUCCUUGGACAUUCCUUUAAGAAGAUUUUGUCUUUUAAUGACUGGGAAGUUUAUUUAAGCAAAUGUGUACCCUACUCUUUUUUGUGUGAUAGCAACACAGAAAAUGCAUUGACUACAAUUGUGUAAUCGAGUCCUCACUUCAUAAGCCAGGACAUGCAGCAGCUUAGUUCAUUUGCAAGCACCCCUUCUGCUCCUGCAUCAUUUGAGUGGGGGGUAGAAAAGCCCAAGAAAGUGCAGUUAACUAGUUCAGUGUUGACUUUUGCAUCCUGGCUUGUUUGGAAGCCACAAGCCAUAGUUCCCAGCUUGCACGUAAUGGGAACUUGCAGUGUUCUGGUUUCCUUCCCUGCUGGUGUGAAGGAAGAAGCCAAGGGGCUGCAUGUGCGUAUAUAAGGUUUAGGCAUUUUCUGGCUUAAUAAGCCAUGCCUUAAUUACAUAAGCUGGACAUUGAGUGAAACUUGUUUCUAGGUAACACUCACAUCAUAAUAGAUUCUUCUUGCCCUAACAUGCCAGGUGGUAGAAUCUGCAUUAGAUUGUUUCUGUUCUAGGCAUUAUCUCAACAGUUCAUGGGGUUUCUAUCCUGUCAGUGAUGCAGAACUUUUCUCUAGAAGCAAUCUCACCAGUGCUGGCAAAAGGGACCUUAAUCUCAAAUACAGUCUGCAAAACAUGGGGGCGGGGGAUUUUAUUUUAUUUUUUUCUGCUCAAGGGCUGCAUAGCCCUGCAAGCAAACACUCUGGGAGCUGCUUGCCUAAAGCAGAUGGGGCUGAAGUAAAAAGUAGAUGCUUCAACCGAUACCUGUUCAGGCAGUUACAGACCCCAUAAUGCAGUGGAAAGGGAGAUAUAUUAAUCCACAGUACAGUGAUGGGCAGGAAGAUUUAAAUCACAUUCUCGGCUCGUUGCCACGAUGGGGAUAACAGGGGAAAGGUAUGCCAGCCAAAGACGCUUAUGGCAGCAGUGGGACUAGGAUGAGUUGGUUCCCCCUUCGCAAGCACUGCUGAUUGCUACUGAAGAUCCCAUAAGAGCCGCAACUAGAACUGCUCUUCACCUAAUAUUCCACAUGAUUCAUUAUUUUAUUUUGCUCCCACCGCUAUAGAUGCCACCUCUGCCAUAAUCGGGAUGGCUCAACCAUUCCCUCUCUUGUCCCAUCUGUCUGCAUGAGAACCAAGCCCAUUACUAACUGGCAGGCAGCUAUAGUACAUCCCAUGCUACUAAACUGGAAGCCUGCCUAGCAACUGACUAACUAGCACUUCAUAGAAGGUGCUCACAUGUGCUGUGGCCUUGGGCCAGUUCUGCAGUGCUUGGGAGCGAUAUGUCCUGCUCCACUGACACCUGGGUGGGGCAUACAGCAGCAUAAGUAGUGAGAAAUGAUUGCUAAUCAAUACGCUGGGUGGUCUGGGAGAAGGAAACGGACAUCUAUGCUUGGAACGUGAUUGCCAUGCAUAACAGACAUGGAAACAAAUGGGAAUACAUGCUCUUACUGAGGCUAGCAGCCGUUAGAACAACUGCUGGUGGCACGUGCUACUGAGUAGCAGGGUAGGUUUGCAGGAAAGCAAAGGGCAGGAUCCUCAGACAAGGAGUAUCAAUUGGAGAUAGACCCUACUCAUUAUAUGAGGAUCUGCAGUCAUCCCAAUACUGUACCAGGUUUUUGUUUCUUUCUUUUGGUUGUACUUCAUUUUAAUGGAUCACAUUUGAAAAUAAAUUGCCUUUCUAGCUUAGCAUACCUUCCAUAUCCGUAACAGAUUUGUAGAAUUCUGUAGAGUAGGGCAGGAGGACUCUCCCAACUGAAAUAAAGCAGCCGAAAAGGCAGGAAGAAAUAAUGUAAAUGUCCCCCCCCAAAAAAAAUAACACGCUGUGAGGUUAUAUGUAUGCUUGAGUCCUUUUGCUUCUUAGAAUUCAAAAGCGUUAGAAUAUUUAGUUUCCUCAGAAGUUUAAAUAACUUAAGAAAUCUUCCCAUAAUUCAUUUCCUUCUGUGAGGUGAGGUGGGUGCAAGAGCCUAGUUGGACUCUUCCCCACUUCUUAUUUAACAGUUGAGAGGUAUCGGAGUCCUGUUGCUGUAAUUCUACUGUUCCACUUCUCAUGCGUAACUCCAUUUUGUUUGAAGACAUUUAUUAAGUCUGACAACUGCAUUUUAAUACUGCCUUGAAAAUUUUAUGAUUAAUUCCACACUAUGGUUCAAGUACUAAUCUUUACCUAGUUCUGCAAGAAUUAACCUGUUUCCUUUUCAAUGCAUCCAUAGUAAUUAUUGCUUCUACUUGCUUUGAAACAAUUCUGCUCAUUAACCACUUAAUUAUGAUUCCAUCUAGGUCUCAUUUCAUCAUUAUAAAGAUUAAUAAAGAGGAAAAAAAUGGAAUACUUUCACUACCCAUAGCAUUGCAAUCUUCUUCUAGUCCUUCCUGUUUUCUUUCCCCCCUGAAUUUAAUUUAGUAUAUGGUUAGAACAUCUUUUUCUUUUGUUUUUUAAUCACUGAACAAACCUGGGCCUUAUUUGUAAUAACAGAAUUGGAAAUAAUUGACCCCCCCCCUGGUUUGCUUACAAGAUGGUACAUGUUGCAUCCAGGAUUUUGGCUUAACUAGACUCUGAUUACCAAAUACUUUAUAUAACUACUUGUAAUUUUAAGACUGCUUCUGGGGUUCUUAUUUUUUUUUAAUUAAAAAGUUUAAUAUAGUAGCCUCCCAUCAUGCAUUUUAAUUCUCUUAAUGAUUUUAAUAAUCUGAAAUAGUUCAGAAGGCAUAUAUACAUAAUAUAUAGUAUAUAUACUUACCUGAUGGUAGGUUCCAUUGAACUCUGGCUUAGACAUGGAUAGAACUGGCUGCACUGCAAAUUUCCUGUUGGGGAAAAUACCUGAGUGUAGCAAUAAACAAACCUAUGCUCAGAAGGGAGCUCACCUCUUUGAAUAUAUUAUAUCCUCAGCAAGGAGUCCAACUUUCCAAGUAUACUGGAAUAACUCACAUGUUUUGAAACACUUGCUUGUCAUGUUUUCUUUCUGUUUGAAAACAGCUCUUAGAAAUGCACCUAAAAACAUUGACCUAGUUUUCAUGUAAUGCUAAGCUAAACCAUGGUUUAGCACAACCGUGGAGGCUUCUUUUAAAUAUAGAAGAUCCCAGAAUGGUUCAGAUAAACUCCCCCCCAAUAAAACAGAACUAGAUCAAACAACCCGCACAAAAACCAGUCUAAUAAUAUGAACACAUCCAAGCAGGUUAAAUAAUUCAUAGGGGAGCCUAUACAGCAUAUAGUUGAAGCUAUGUAUAUGAUGCUCUUUGCUGCACUGUUGCUAGAAGCCGCUGUGCAGGUGUUGUGUCCACAUGUGUGAAUGAGAAAAGGAGGUAGGCUGCACCAGGUGAGGUGCUUCCCUUCUUAGCUUCCCUCUCCACUUCUCUCAGUGGUCUGACAGUGCAGUCAGCCUGCCUACCUACUUUCCAUUGGAAGCAAGUGCCCACUCUUGCCUGUCGAUUGUGCUCCUUCUCCCAGCUAAAUCCUGCACUGCUCAGGCUGUAUCCAGUUCUGGGAGCAACAUUUUAAGGAGGGCACUGCCCAGGGAAGGAAGAUCAGGAUGGUGAGAGGUCAGGAAACACAAGUCCUAUGAAAUACUUUCCAGUUUAAAGCACUGGGUAUGUUUCCUCCCGAAAUCUGACAUCUUGAGUAGAUAUUGCUACUUAUUUUGGAAAACCAAGCCAUCAGCACUGCUUCCUAUCCCUGCUUUGCAGCAGGUGUAGUUUGUUGGUGGGGAAUAUUAGAAGUAUUAUUGUAACAUAAACCAACCUUUUUAGACCUCGGAGACUUCAAUCGGCAUCAUGGGAUUUUCAUUUAGGCUUUUAUCUUCUGCCAGGAGUACUGAACACCCUUAUAACUUUUCGCAGAAUCAUUAGUUUUAAUGAGCAUUGGUGCAAAAGUAGGAUCUGUAAGUACACCUCGCCAUCAAACCCCAGCGUGCUAUCCUUCACAUCUCCUCUGCCACAGCCCCUUCAUCAGCACCCCAUUCACCCCUAACUCUGCUCCAUAUAAGUUCCCUUCCCCGUAUGUCACUGAGGACCUCCCAAAGUCCUCUUGCUUGUCAAAGCAGCUGCCACUCCCUCCCAUUCUGUCAGUCACAUCCUUGUCCAGGUCUUCUCCCUAACCCAUUCCUCUCCCCCUUAGCUGCAAACACAACCAGACCUGCACAUUUGACACACACCACACUUCUUGAAGCCUGCUCUGUGGGUUUAAAUUAACUCCAGGGGAGUCUGAUGCUGUGCUAUGCAGGAGCAGCCAUUGGUGGACCAGCCUUUGUAUCUUGGGGGCAUUGCUUCCUGACCCUGAAUUAUGGUUCAGCAACUCCUGUGAAAAGUGGUUGGGGAGCUGCAGGCCAUGCUAGGAACCUUUUAAAAGGGUAUGACAAAGUCCCUAGGCCUCUGGUCCAAUACAUAUUUCUGUACUUUUCUUUCUGUCUCCUGUGGCUUCUUCUACCUUUGACCUGAACUCCCAGCAUUCACCAAAAUCAAGACACAUAAUUAUGCGUUUAAGCACAUAGCUCUUUCUUUGAUACAAAUAGUACCAAAAAUUCUCUGCCCACAGGUUCGGUGGGUGGGGUGGUGAACUAUUAUUUCCUUUUUUCCUCUUCACUGUUUUUUAAUGUAGCAAUUGAAAUUCAAAAAGGUUUUUCACUAUUUCCCCCCCAAAAGGCAUUUAAUCAGAACAGGCAAACAAAGGGAUUCAUCUUUAAACAUUAGUUGCUCCCCGCCCCCCUAGUUUUCCCUUGUGUUGUCAAUUCUCCCUUUUUGUUUUGUUUCUUGGAAAGAAUGUUUCAUUAACAAGCAAAAGGAACUGGGCUGUGCUACCAGGUUAAUUGUUAUUUCCAGUGUACUGUUAAAACCAGCUGAUUUAUCUCUUUAUUUUGCCAUUUCAAAUGGCUCUUAGCUUUAGAUCUUUACACAGCUCUUUCCUUCUCCCGCACCUUACCCAUUUUUGGCCAGCUGAAUUUAAGAAACAGACUUGUAUGGCAUAUAUAAAACAUAGACGGAAGAAAAGCUAAGUGCUCCUCAGAUUAUACCGACCUGUUUAUCAGGAGAGAUGAAAGGAAAAUCUGAGAGUUUGCUGCAUUAUGACCUCCUAAAAUGCUUACACUGGGCCAAAUUCUGCUCUGGCGCACACAGUACAGUGUCCUGAUUGGACACAGGACAAAUUUGGUCCCAUUAUUUUUUAGGAGAGAACAUCCUAGAGCUUAUGCAUCCAUAAAAUGUGCUACAGUUAAAUGUAUUAAUGGCUUUUAUGUUGUGCAUUUGUGAGCUGGAUAGUAAACAAUUGUACAUCUCUUCUUGUCUCAUAUCUGCUCUUGCUCUCCUUAGAUUGUAUCUAGUUUCAAAACUACGACGUCUAGAGCCAUUUGCCAGCUGGUGAAAGAGUACAUUGGUCAUCGGGAUGGGAUUUGGGAUGUCAGUGUCACGAAAACUCAGCCAUUGGUGCUGGGGACAGCAUCUGCUGGUAAUACUCUUUAUUUUUCGUCUCCAUUGCUGUUUAUGAUGGUGUACUAUCUUAAAGAGCGUACUAAACCAAACAUGGCCAACUAAUGACCCAUGGGUGGCUUCAGAUCCUGCCGCAUAUUUAGACCCUUAGCCCUGCCUAUAUCAAAUGCAAAACUGCAUGUUUGUGAUACAGAGGGUUGCCUAUUGGAUUCUUUAGUCGGUGGGACCAGAUCUUCUCCAACCAAACUGUACACAUGUGGAGAAACUCUCACCACCACCCUAGCUUUGGUCCCCCCCCCCCCAAGACUGAAAGAGACCGCUCUCAUUACUCUAAACCAGUGUUUCCCAAACUUGGGCCUCCAGCUGUUUUUGGACUACAAUUCCCAGCAUCCCUGACCACUGGUCCUGCUAUCUAGGAAUGAUGGGAGUUGUAGUCCAAAAACAGCUGGAGACCCAAGUUUGGGAAACACUGUUCCAAAUCAGGGCAUGCUUUCAGACUAGCAUUUGACUUUUGUGUUAACCAAAUCCUAUAUAUAGCCCCAUUAUGGUUUUGAUCUCAGUUUUUUUUGUUGCAUUUAUACUUUUUUGUUUUGCUAUUCAUCUCUCUUAAGUGUGGUUUUACUGAGAACAUUUACAUAAAAAGUAAAGGUACCUGCUUUGCCCCAUUUUAAAAAUCUGUAUUUAUUUUACAUUCUGACAUCCCACCUUUCUUCCAUCAUGCAACCCAGGGUAGCAAGCAGCGUCGUUCCCAGGAGGUCUCCCAUCCAGGCACUAACUAGACUCAGACCUGCUUAGCUUCAGCAAGGUGGUGGUCUCAACUGACUUCAAGUCAUACCUUGGGACAGUAUCUUUAUUAGGCUAAGCAAAAUGUCACAAAAAUAGUGUACCUCAGGUUUUAAGAGGGAACAGUUAGGAAGAGGUAGUGGUCAUCUAAAUGCAGAUGCUAUGCAGGUGUCAGGUUUCUCUUGUUACAUUCUCUUCUUUAUUUUUCCCCUUUCAGGUUUGUCUUUCACCUCCUUUUCUUUGCCUACCCACUAUUGUCCCCAAAACCAAACUUUAGAAAUAUGACCUAAUUUCUGUUAUCCGUUUUAAGACUUAUCUGUGCUUCCAUUGCUGAAAGAUUAUCCUGCUAAGGACACUUCAUGUAUUGGGACUAGUGAUAAUCCCAUAGAAUUUGAAAUAUGCUGGCAGCUAUAUGAACCAGGGGCCGUAAAUGUGCAUAUAAUGGCAAUAUAUCUUUGAAAGAGAGGUAAAUGAGGAAUCUGAGAUACGCUAGCACCAUCUGCUGGACAUCAAAAGAGAGCAGGAGGGUAUGAUUCAGAGAAAUUGGAGACCUGCACUUGGUCAAGAAAGUACAGUCAUACCUCGGGUUACAGACGCUUCAGCUUGCGCGUUUUCGGGUUACAGACGUGCCAAAACCCGGAAGUACCAGAACGGCUUACUUCUGGGUUUCGGCGCGCAUGCACUUUGCACAGGCACAGAAGCGCUGAAUUGCAACCCGCGCGUACGCAGACGUGGCGCUGCGGGUUGCGAAUGUGCCUCCUGCAUGGAUCACGUUCGCAACCUGAGCAUCCACUGUACAGCUAACUUCCUCGCCAACACCUCCUAAUUCACUAAGGCUGCUUCAGACAUGCAUGCUCAUUGCUUGAUGACUGCAAAAUUGGGUGGUGUUUCAGGCCUUUCUCACUUGUUUUCUCUCCCCUGCCCCUUAGCCCCCAUGAGCAGGGGGAAACAUCCCCUUCCUCUUCCACAUGCCCCCUUUACCAUACUUGCAGUCUUCUAGUGUCCCAGACAUUGGGGAAUGAAUGUCUGCAGCAGGGAUCCUGCGGUACUUGAGUAAGCUUUCUGUGUAAUUGGAAACCCCGAGUAGGGCUUUUCAUGUGUGAAUAAGCCAUCUUAGCUAGAACAGCACAGGGAAGUUAGGACACUUCAAAAUCAGUGUUUUUCUGUGCAACCAAUAGGCAUUCUCCUGUGAGUAUUGAGGCAAGGAGAAAUCAAACAAUGGGCAUGCGUGUGUGAACGAGCCUGAACUACAAACUGCCUCCAUUCACUGUAGAGGUUUUCUUCCUACUGAGAGCCACAGGAACAGGACUCCCCUGAAAUGCAUUUUCUCUGACUUAUAACUGUAUGUACAACUUCCAACUCCCUUUGUUGUCAAGCUCAACAUACAGGGGCAUACUUUGCUAGCACGUGUCUCACUGGUAGCCGUAUGCUUUGUUACCUGUCACUAUAAUUCUGCAGGGCCUCCAUUGCCUAAAUUAAAGCAUUUUUCUUACAUUUUCCUUUUUCCUUUUUAAUUCUGACAGAUCACACUGCUUUGCUUUGGAGCAUAGAAACAGGGAAGUGCCUUGUGAAAUAUGGUGGGCAUGCUGGAUCAGGUGAGAUGAAAUCCCUGCUGUUGAACAGGAAUGUCAGAAAAAUAACUUUAUGUAUAAUUUCUUCCUGCAGUGGCAUGUAUAUAUGUAUGGUUUUAGUAUGCAAAAGCCACAGGGUUGAAUCCAAUUGUUCGCUUGUGCGAACUGAAGGAGUUCUUCAACUUGCAGAAAAGUGUUUUGUAUGGCAGAGGCUUCCACUAAUUUCUGCCAAAUUCCCCUUUCCCCAUUGCAUUCCUUUGGCCACCUUUCACCAUAUUCUGUAGGCUUUCUCAAACCCACCCCAGGAGAUAUUUUUGGGGAGAAGGAUGAGGAACAUUUCCUCCUCUUUCAUUGGUGAGGGUGUCCCUUUGAUGAACGUAAGUGCACCGUGGGAUUCAACCUAGUUUCUUAAGAUGGUUUGAAUCAAAGAGAAGCAUAUUAAUAGUCAAAGGAAAAACUUGAAACGCAGUGGUUAUAAUUUGAACAUUUCCAUAAAAUGCAAUGGAGCAAGCAAGAAAUAACAAUAUAAAUGUUUGGUUGCUAAACGUGCUUUCAGAUUUCAAACUUGAUAAUUGUUGUGUAACUCUUAUUAAAAUUCUCACAAAGAUCAGAUUCAUUUUACCCAUUACACAGACUGAGAUGGUAGAAUUCUGAACAGUACCACUUCAGAAUGCAAGUGGGAGAUGUCAGGUUUCUGAAUGCUCCAUGUAGAAAGGUCACUGCUUGUAGUGAGCUAGUGCACUCAGUCUAUUUCCAUUGAUGUGCUAGCUAAAUUGGAUAUGGGGAGUUCUUUUUUUUUUGCAUUUUUGCAUGGGGAAUCAUUUCCCCUCUCCUUCCCUUGCAGUGUGAAGCAGAAAAAUCUGGAAUUGUGCUAACUCAGUUUGCAUAGUUUGUAGAAUAACUCUUAUUGGAUCCGACAAGCACCAUUCUUCUUGCUGGAAAUCUUUGCUCUGGAAUUUUCUACAAGAACAUUCCCCACCAUUAGUCCUCUUGCUUAUGGGAUAUCACUAGAAUCACUGGAGUUCUAUCUUUAAGUUAUUCCUCACCCCACAAUGAUACUAGACACUGAUCAAACUGCAAGCAUAUAUUUUAACUCCUAGGUUAAAGUACAUCCCAGCCCUCCCACAAACCACUGAACAGAUCUUAAAGCACAGUGGAGGUCCAGAUGUGUCCCCUGCCCCUAUGUUUAGCUACAUGUACAGUGUGGACUUCCUGUGGAUUGGUUGGUCAUAAUAAUUGUGUUGUUUUUCUUAAAAACAGUAAAUUCCAUCAAGUUUCAUCCGACGGAACAAGUGGCUCUUACAGGUAUGUCAUUAUCUUGGGCUCACAGAAUAAUAUUCACCAUACCCUUAGGAAUGAAUGGUCAAUUUACCACUUGCUUCAUGUGUGUGUUUGCUGAUUACCUCUGUCAGGUUAGUACUGUAUAGGAAGCUGCCUUAUACCAAGUCGGACUAUUCACAUCCUAAGAGCAGCCCUGUUGGAUAACACUAAAGGCCUAUUUAACCCAGUAGAUUGUUCCCAAAGUGCCGGGAAGCCCACAAGCAAGGCAUGAGGACAAUAGCCCUUUCCAGUGCUUGUGAUUUUGUAGGUAGCAUAUAGCUAUCUUGACUAUUAGCCAUUGAUGGCUUGGUCCUCCAUGAAUUUGUCUAAUUCCCUUUAAAGCCAUCUAACUUGGUGGCUGUCACCAUGUCUCAUUGCAGCGAAUCCCACAGUUUAGCUUUGUGCCAUGUGAAGAUGUAUUGUCUUUCCCGAAUCCCCCCUCCAUUCCGCUUCAUCAGUUCACCUAACUCAUUGUUGUCUACUCUGCAUGGAAUAUCGUUGGCUCUCUGGGUUACAAACAGAAAUUUCCCCCCAUCCUGCUUGGAGAUGUCUGAGAUUGUACCUGGGAAUAAAAAUGUGUGCUCUACUUCUGAGCAUCUUCUCCAGAGCUUCUGUUGUCCUGACUCACUCACCUUAAAAAGGUUUUAUUUCUCUUUUCUUUGGCCAUGCUCUAUUUAAAUAAGCCUGUGUAUGAGAGAUGGGGUGCUUGCAGUUUUAUCUGUUGACUUAAAGGUAAUUAACUUUGGGGUCAAAAAGGAAAAUUCUGUAAUCUGUGUGUAUUAUAGGCAUUUACAGGUCAUCCCGUACCCUACCUCCUAAGGAGUGAUGCAAUUAUUUCUUGGCCACAUAGACGACAUAAAAUUGUUUACAAUACCAUUAAGGAGGGAGGGAAGGGAUGUUGGAAGCUUUCCUGAACUUGCACGCACAUUAAAACUUGCAUUGGGAUGCAGCAGCAAGAAAGGCUGAUACUGAGGAGGGGGUGAAUGUUUAUUUGUUUGUUUAUAUAAAACUUGUAUAGCCUCUUAACUGUAAAUAAAACUUCCAAGUGGUUUACCAAAAAAUCCUCUCAAUAAGUGCAAAUUAUUUAUAUGUAUGACUAGAUGUUAAAGUGUGUGUGUGUGUGUGUGUGUGUGUGUGUGUGUGUAAAUUGAACAUGCUGGCUUCAUUCUCUUUGCUUAAUUGAACAUUGUAUAGUCCCCAAAUAAUGAAACAUUUAAUUUAGGCUGAAUGUUAACUAAGUGGUCAGCAGCAGUAUUUGUUCAAAAGUAAGUAUUAUUUAUGCAUAAGUAACUUAGGCAUUUGAGUCAAAAUGGUAAAAAUGCAAUGACCUUAACACUGAUCCUCUUUGGUUUGAAGCAGUGAGAACAAGUUCAAACUUUCCUUCUCCCACCUCUUACCUGGGUUCCUCAAACACCAUUUGACCUUGAUGCGCAAACCAGCAAAUUAUAGUUUGAGCAAGCCAGUUUUGUAAAGUAGGAUCAAACCAUCAUUUAAAACUUCAGUUUGGAGAGAUUGCUUAAAACUGUUUGCCUGCUCAUACAUUAGGGUAAACCAUGGUUUGAGGAAACCAAGAGGUUUUGCAUCAAGGACUGCAGAAAAGGAAAGGAGACUGGUGGGACAGGAAGCACUCUAACUCACAACUUGUUCCAAAUCCUGUGUACCAUAGUUUAGAGCAGCGGUUCUCAACCUGUGGGUCCCCAGAUGUUGUUGGACUACAACUCCCAUCAUCCCUGAGCUCUGGCCUUGCUAGCUAGGGGUGAUGGGAGUUGUAGUUCAAUAACAUCUGGGGACCCACAGGUUGAGAAAGGCUAGUUUAGAGGAUCGGGAGUGUGGACAUCUGAAUUAUCUACUAUAUUUCCAUAUUCUUUCAACUUUCUCUGCAGCUUCAGGAGAUCAGACAGCUCAUAUCUGGAGGUACAUGGUGCAGUUGCCCACACCUCAGCCUACCGCAGACUGUAAUGUAAGUGAUUUAACUCCAAUUUGAUGCUGGAUAUUGAAGAAAAGUUUUAUGCUGCAUUUUAAAACUUUGCAAUAGUAUAUUAAUCUAUUUGAGAAUAUGCACCUUUUAAAACAAUUUGUGAUUAUUUUUUCCCCACUUAGCAUUUUGCUGAUUACAUUUUCCAUUGCUGUUACAUGUUUUUGGUGCACCAUCGUCUAGGUGGACUGUGUCAUAAAGUCCUUCAGCCUCACCCUGCAGCUCUGCUCAGGUGGCUGUUAAUGAUAGCUUCAGUGGAAGCUAGCUGGCAUGUUAUCUCUGCCAUUAGAAACUCGGCAUUAGCCCUACUAACAGGCACUGUUGAUAAUGCUCCCUUAGCAUUCACAGCCACUCUGUAGUUCAUCCACCAUCUAUGUUGCUUGCAGUCAGUUUCUCAUGCAACAGAGGUGGACAUGCCCAUCACUAUACUACUGCAGGGCAUGACUGUAUGGAAACAAUGUUUAAUCAAGAUUUGCAUAAUAUCUUCAAGGAAAAUAUGUUGACAACACCAAGAGGGCCACAGCUUCCUCAUACCUACUUCAGAAGACAUUUUAAAAAACCCUACUGCUGUUGUGCAAAUUUAUCUCAAAAGGCCCCAAACAAAUUGACAAUCUGAAAAGAGAGAAUAUUUUCAUUUAUUUACGUGGGAGUAAAUAUCACUCCAGGGACGCGGGUGGCGCUGUGGGUUAAACCACAGAGCCUAGGACUUGCAGAUCAGAAGGUGGGCAGUUCGAAUCCCCGCGACGGGGUGAACUCCUGUUGCUUGGUCCCUCUCAACCUAGCAGUUCGAAAGCACAUCAAAGUGCAAGUAGAUAAAUAGGUACCGCUCCGGCGGGAAGGUAAACGGUGUUUCCAUGUGCUGCUCUGGUUCGCCAGAAGUGGCUUAGUCAUGCUGGCCACAUGACCUGGAAGCUGUAUGCUGGCUCCCUCGGCCAAUAAAGCGAGAUGAGCACCGCAACCCCAGAAUCGGUCACGACUGGACCUAAUGGUCAGGGGUCCCUUUACCUUUAAAUAUCACUCAUCUUUGAACUUUACUUCCUAUAUCCCAUGUCUUCUUCAAGUAUCUCCUCCUCUUUUGUUGUUGAGACUAUGCUAAUAGGGACACUCUCAACAGCUCAGCUAUCCUUUGCCUCAUGGAAUCUGACUCAUUAUCUCUCUCACAGAUUACCUGCUUUGGGCAUUAUAUUGCACAGUGGGAAUCCUGAUAGCAGAAACCCUUGUGUUUGUGAUAGAUUAAUCCCGUAUUAUGGAUCAUGGAAGCCACUUUCAACUUGGGCAGUUUUAAUACAUGUUAAAUAUUUUCAAAAUUAACAGCAAAUGUCUGGAGAAGAUGAAGUUGAGUUCUCUGAUAAAGAUGAACCUGAAGGAGAUGGAGAUGGUUCUAGUGAUUGUCCCACCAUCCGGGCUCCUUUAACUUUCCUAAAAAGCCACCAAGGUGUAGUCAUAGCAGCUGAUUGGCUAGUUGGAGGGAAGCAAGCUGUGACAGCUUCAUGGGAUAGAACAGCAAACCUGUAUGAUGUGGAGACAUCUGAACUGGUGCACUCUCUGACAGGUACCUCUUUGUGUGGAAGUUUCAUUUUUGUCCAUUUGUUUCAGAGGCUGAUUGUGGGUUCUAGGCUGCCACUGUUAAUGUGGCACUUAGAAAUUCAAACUUCCGGGCAAGGAAGAGUAACCCCCAUUGAUUAUUAUGAAUGUGAGAUUCCUCUGUACUCUGUGUCGCCCCGUUUCUUCUUUGAACUUCCAUGUUCCUCUUCUCCCAAAGGGUCAGUGUGCAAUCUGAAAACAGACUCCCAAGGGGGAGUAGAAUAUAUUUCUAGCUGUUUACAAAGGGGUUGCUUUUCUGUUGUGAUCAGGCAGCUUAGUUGCCUUUAAUAACAGAUAUGUGAAGCAGAAGUGGCCAGAUUGUUGCUUUAUUCAUACAAAAUGUUUAUCAGUUAAAAUUUUUAAAUGAGAUCUUUGUCACAAAACAUGGACCAAGAUGGCCAUUCUGCUUAUGUAGCUUUCUCUUAUAGCUAUUUUCCACCUGCUAUACUAGCCACAGAAGCUUAAUAUAUCAUGGAUUAUCAUCAGAUGUGCAACCAAAGCCUUCAGUUAACUAGACAUAAGAAAUGAAACGUGUAAUGUGGUUAUGAUUAUUGGACCAGUUUCUGCCCAAUGAAGAGUUUUGUGGAAUUUGGUUCAGUUUUAAUUAAGAGGUUCUUUCCUACAUAUGGUCAUAUUACCAAGUUACCUAGGUGGGGGUUUUUCACCACUCUCACCCUAUAGAGCAAUGACAUCUAGAUUGUUUUUCCUAAACUAUUUUGUGUCUGUAGGCACUGGGCAUGGUAUAACUUGUGUGCAGCUGCUCUGUCGCCAGUGGCAAGCUAUAAUGUGGCAGUUGUGUGUUAAUUAGUAGGAGAUUAAACUGCAGUGUGUACCUAAAGUAGAGGGAUGAACUAGAUGAUUUGUGGCUCCUUGCAGCCCUGUGAUUUUGCAGCUCUAAGCAUAGGCCUUAAAUUUUAUAUUCAGUCAAUGUAAACAGCUGCUGCAAAUCAGCUUUGACGACAAUUUGUCUAAGCCACAAAGAACUCAACAUGCAAAGAGCAGACUAACUUGUCUGACAUUUCUGGUCACAGCUUUUCAACAACGUGGGCAAGUCAGGCACUACUUUAGAUGCAGAAUUUUCUAGUGCAUCUGCCUCAAACAUGAACCCUGCACUUUUGAAAAAGGCACACCAAGAUAGUUUAGCGGGUUGUUGGCCAGGUGGUAUUUCCCCAUUCAGAGUACCUUCCUUGCCCUUCUUGUCUCUGCAUGGUUAAUCAAGGAGUCAGGCUGUCUGUUUUUGUUUUGGUGCUUAGCAGAUCUUUGUAGAGUAAACUGUAUUCAGUAUUGCCGAGGAAUGGUAAAAUCUUGGAUCUAUAUGCUCUUAAAUGCAUUCCUUUAGAUGAAACGGAAGAGUCUAAUCUAUGUUAGCGAUGAUGGCCCAGGAAUCUGGGGUAGGUAGUAAAAUUCUAACCCACCUUUUUGCCACCAAAGCAUAAGAAUUGUGUCUGAUGUUUUUCCUCCUCAGUGUUUGUGGAAUUGAAAGGUCAUGCAUUCUCAAUGCCUUAAUAUUUUCAUCUGUGGUUGUAGGACACGACCAAGAACUUACACAUUGUUGCACGCAUCCCACCCAACGUCUUGUGGUGACCUCCUCACGAGACACGACUUUCCGUCUGUGGGAUUUCAGAGACCCUUCUAUCCAUUCUGUGAAUGUCUUUCAGGGCCAUACAGAGUAAGUGACAGCAGUUUCUUAAAGUUUUUAAGCGGGAGGCUGGUUGCGUUGGGCUACUUGUACAAGACACUUACUAUCUUUUUUAGAAUUAUUUUUAUUAUUUUUCCAAAUUAUUUCAAAUCGAAUCAAAUUACUUUAAUGCAGUUUCUUAAAAUCAGGUUUCCCUCUCCUGUUGCAAACAUAUGUCCAUCAUUUCUUCCCAUAGCUGUAUCAUUUCUUAUACAGUAUCCAGUUGUCAUCCUUCACUUGCCAUUAAGCCAUUCUUCCAGCUUUUUCCUCCUUACAAACAGCACCUGUGUUACGUCUUAUAAAUAUAAAAUCCAGUUCAUGUGUGUAGUCCUUCGUAUAUAUUUUUGUUCCAGACCUGGUGUGCUGAGAGAGUUACUAUCCUCCUUUGUUCAGUUCUUUGCAGUGUUUAUCUGGAUGAACUUGUACCAAAUACUUUCAGACCUCUUCAGGUUUUAACAGUAAUCAUUUUGAUAUGUUCUCUUAUCAAAACUCUUUUCUCCCACCCCAAUUAAAACUUUGUUAGUGCCAAGGAGAAUUAAGAUAAGAUACCCAUCUACUUAUUGCAGAGAAUGAGACUUCAAGAGGCUGCAUUAAAAAACUGUAGCUAUGCUGCAUUAUGGAAAAGGGUAGCACCAUUGGACAAUGGGCUGGUUUUCCAACAGCAGCCCCCAUUGCACCUUGAAGGCUGCUGGAAAAGUCCUGCCACCCCAGGACAGGUGUGAGGAACCUGCGGCCAUCCCCAUUGGGGGAUGUUGGAGCAGCCCUGUUCUUCUAGCGCAGAACUUGGGAAUCUAUGGCUCUUCAGAUGUUGUUGGACUGUGACUCUUAAUAGUUUCAGCCAGCAUGGCCUGUGGUCAUGGACGAUGGCAGUUGCAGAUGAACAACAUCUGGAGGUCCAUAGGUUUUCAAUUUCUGUCCUAGGGCUUGUCCAGUGUUAUAGCAGGAGGACUUAACAGAAGGUUUAGCAGAGACUAGGGAUGCUCAUAUGUAUUUGAUUUUGUUUGAAGUAUUUAUAUUCUGCUUUUCAUUUAAAAUGAUUGCACAGCAGUUUACAAAACAAAAUACAGUAUAUAAAUCAUCAAAAUAGGAUUCUGCUCAAUAUACCCCCCAGAUUUGUGCUGUAGUAGGGAUUUCUGGACUCCUUUAAAGGUCAAAUGGUGUUUUCCUAGGUCAGCUGCCAUAAUCUGCUGAUGAGUGCUUAUCCUGGAUUUUGGCAGUCCCUCAGAUAGAGGCAACGGGGACAGAUCUACAUGAGUCUUACUCAAUUUCCAAGGGAUAGCGUGGCAAUCUUAAUGUUGCAGUGUGUGCUGCGACUUAGGUUCAGGUUACCAUGUAGCAAGCAGUCAUAAGCAUAUUAAAAACAUUUUUUUGAAGAUCAUAAUGAUCCUCCCCAGAUAUAAAAAAGAGGAAAGUGUUGGAACUGCUCAAAUUUCAGCUGGAAGAUACUAUCAAAACAAAGAGCACAUGACAUGCAAAAGCCCUGCAAUAAUUAUUCACAGUAGUAGCAACAAAGGAUUGAGGUUAAAUGUCAAGUGAGUUGCCAGGGCUCACUUACAAUGGUGCAGUUGGCAGGAAGACUAGAAGUAAAGGCAGUAGAAUCACAUGCCCUGCAGUGUUCUUCAAAGUCCAUGAAGGAGGUAACAUUCAGAAGCAUAAACCUUAGAAGUGUGGGAUCCCCGCACUGACUCUCAGCAUGCCACAGGUCAGCACAAGUAAUUGACUAAUCUUAUGUCCUGCUUUUCCUUUAGAGAGUUCAGAUGAGCUUGCCUGGGUCUCCCACUGGUCUUCUAUACAGGCACUGUACAAGUUGUAGCAAGAAUAUUACUUUGUGCAGGCGGCAUUAAAGAACUGGUGCUGAAAGAUCUACAGUAAUUACCUUUUUGAUUUUAGGCUCAAUUCAAAGGGCUGUUUUUGACCCUACACAGCUUAGUUUCCAUUUGGAGAGUAUGCAGAAGACAGCCCUGGGCUGUUUGACCCCUUAACUAGUUCUCUUUUUCUCUCCCAUAAAAACCACACUCUCUUUUAAAGUGUGCUUGCAGUUGCAGAUUAAAUAUACAGUGCAGGUGGAUGUUUCUUAAGUUGCUCUGACUGUUAAGACUGUUCUCCUAAGUGCCAUAACUGUACCAACUGCCAUAACUGCCCCAGAGUGUAUGACAGCUCUUGCAAUUAACCCAUUUCAUGUGCAUUUUGGAUGCUAAUAUCCCACAGAUCAUGCCUAUCAGCAGGAAGCUUCCUCCUGUAUAACCCCACCCUCCACAUCUUAAGAUUGUCCGGAUAAAUUCUCUCUGCAAUCUGAACUGUGGUGCCUGGCCAUGCAGGAGCCUUCUUGGUGGUGGUGCCCAACAUACCUUCCCAGGAAGUUUCACCAACUCCUCUGUCUUUAUGACCUUCAAGUGACAGGUGGACACCUUGUUUCAAUAAGCUUUUAGCUGAACUGGGUUAUGCGCUAGAGUCCUAUAUCCCUGUUAAUUGUUUUUAUUUUGUAUGUAAUAUAUAAUUGCAUGUUCCUGUAAACUGUCAGCCUUGCUGUAGAAUGGCAUUUAAGCUUACUGAAUAAUAAUAAAUAGUUUAAGGAAUGAGAGGUGUCAACAUUUCUAGGCAUCUGCUUUAGAUGAAAAAGCUAGGCUCCCCCCCCCCACCUGUAGUUUUUAGUGCUGCUUAAAUUAAAAAGCUGCUUUGUUAGCACUGUAAUUAGCUGUGUAAUUACCUUUCGGACAAAUUGAAUUCCAUAAUGGCAACUUUUGACACCAAGAAAUAGAGGUGAACGCAUUAAAAACAACCCCUUUCUCUCAUAAUUUUCUGUCUAUUACCAGUCUAUUAGCAUCCCACAAAUGUGCUAGAGUUUCCUAGCAGGUCUAGCCAUAAGUAAGGAGUACUGCAGAUCUCCAUAUACAUAAUUUCUUUUUCUUUUUAGUUAGCCACAUCAUCUAGCCAAUGUGGAUUUUUGCUUGUAGUGAGGGAGGCAUCCACUGAUCAGUGCUGAACAUGCAACCCACAAGUUAGUUGUACAGUGGUUAUCUGUAAAGUGGAGUUUGGGAUAGUCAAAACAUAGCAUUGGCCCUUAUUUGGAAGGUCCCUCUGGAGUCAGUUUACUGUUUGACACUUUGGCAAGGGUCACCAUGAGUAUUGGGAAGGAGGAUCAUAUCCUUGGUGUCAAUUAAAUGUCCUUUGUGCUGUCAGAUAGCUGGGAAUCGUGGGCAUCAAACCAUUAUUUAGUACACUACAGACAAUGUUGUUGAUUGAGACCAGCAUAUGGUCCCGGAAGACCAACAGUGGUUAGGGCAUUUUCCUGAACUUGUGACAAGGAUUCUAAAGCUCCGUUUCAUUGUAAACAUAGUUUUCCAGUUUUGUGGCUUCUAAGGGGAAUUUCUGUGUAAAACAUAAUUGAGAAUACUCAGUAAAAAAGGUGUUAGUAUGUUAAGAGGUUGAUAGGAUUCCUGCAUUGCAGGAGGUUGGACUUGAUGACCCUCAGCGUCCCUUCCAACUCCACAAUUCUAUAAUUUUGUGAAUACUUCCAUUAGUAGAAAUGAAGUUUUAUGCUAACAAGUAUCUUUGUGCCUAACUUUCAAAUUUAUCAAAGCUCUCCACCUCUCUUACAACUGUCUACUUGUGUUGCCUACUUUAGCUUUGUGUGCUGUGAACACUAUUAAUGUCAGUGCUUUAAACUUUCUGCCUAGGAUAUUCUACAUGGCUUAGGAGAGGGACUUUGAGAGGAAUGGAUUGUGCGCUGUGUGUACUGUCUUCAGAAACCACCCAGGUUACCAUAUUUUUCGCUCUAUAACACGCACCUGACCAUAAAACGCACGUAGUUUUUAGAGGAGAAAAACAAGAAAAAAAAUAUUCUAAACGAAACAGUGGAUGUAUGAUUUUUGUGGUUCAUGCUGUGGCCACAGACAUGUGAUCUGACGGUGAGUUUGGGGCAGCCCAAUGCAAAAAUCCUGAGGAUCCAUGUGGAUCCAUGUUUGUAACCACGUUUUUGCACCACUGCGGCCCCAGGCAACAGUGGGUGCAUGAUUUUUUUGGUGCAAACUGUAGCCAUGGACAUGCUAUGUGAUCUGAUGGUGAAUUUGGGGUGAUCCAGUGCAAAAAUCCUGAGGAUCCAUGUGGAUCUGUGCUUUGUAACCACGUUUUAAGUGGGGAGGGAAGGAAAAGCACUCAAGGGACAAGGAACACGCGUGGGGUGGGUGGAGAAGGAUGCUGCUAAUAAUGCAGAAGAUGGGUUUAAGGGGAGAAGGCUCCUCUCCUCUCCCGCUUUGCUCCUUUAAAGCAAGCAGGCUCUGCGUCUCUCCCUCCCCCCCCCCCCGCUAGUGCUAUUUAGCAAGCUGAGUGGGGAGGAGAGAGGGACAGAGAGCCUCUUGCUUUAAAGGAGCCAAUCGGACAGGAGCCGCUUACACUCAUGUAAGCGGCUCCUCUCCUGCUUUGCUCCUUUAAAGAAGCAGGCUCUCUGUCCCUCUCUCCUCCCCACUCAGCGGCUCUUCUCCCGCUUUGCUGUUUCAAAGCGAGCCACGGAGGAGGGAAGCAUUCGCUCUGUAACACGCACAGACAUUUCCCCUUACUUUCUAGGAGGAAAAAAAUGUGUGUUAUGGAGCGAAAACUAUGGUAACUCUUUAAGGUUCACUUCUCGAGAAGGGUCAAAAACAUUGUCAAGCUGGAGUUACCACGAGCAGGAGACAAGGGAAAAUACAGUUACAAAUAUGAAGAAGAGCCGCGGAAGGGACAUGGAAGAGACUUGAGGGCCUCGGAUAUAAGGUUGCCAGGUUAAUGGGCCAGAUCGACGGGAAUAAGGACUGACAAAACCCGGAACCAGGAGGAAGGGACGUUGGAUGAAGAUUGGAUUUGUUUGUAUCUCUUUUCUUUACCAUUAGAACUGUUUUAUAAAAUUGAUGAAUGUUAGAAAAAUGUUGGAAUGAAAUUACUUGGCUUUAGCAAAGAUGUUUAAAGAAUUAUGAAAGAAUAUUAUGGUUAUGAGAAGUUGGUAAGGAUAAGAUUUAAGUUUUAAGCUUUAAGGUUUAUUUUAUUGUAGAAAGAUAAGAUCAAAACAGAUUAGGGUAAUGCAAUGACAGAAUAUUAUGAAAUAUGGAAAGGAUUUGCUGGGAUAAUUAAUAACUAGGAUACAAAGAAAGGGAGGAGGAGGAGGUCUAAGAAAGAAGGCAAUGACAGUUAAGGAUCUGAAAAUAAGGAAUUUGUUUUUAAAUGUUUUUAAAGGUUUGUGAUGUAUUUUUGUAUUUUCAUUUUUUUUCCCUGUCACUUUUUCUUAUUUUGAAUUUUUUACUUAUAUGGUGGGAAGGGGUUUUUUUUUUUUUACUUUUCUACUUUGUCAACUAUUUUUAUUUUGUACUUCUGUUUUUAUUUUAUUUUUUUAUUUUUUGUAACAUUUUGAAAAUUUCAAUAAAUAUCUUUAAAAAAAGAAAAAGAAAAGUAAAACUAAAGACAAAGAAUCUAGCACAAGUGGAAGCUGAACUUGCCUGUGUCAAUGUUGCAAUGUGAAGCCUCGUGUUGAGUAUUUGCAGAGGAGCUUUUGCUUCCUCACAGUUCUUUGGAUCCAGUCUGAUUAUUCUGUGCCUAUUUACUCCAUUUUAAUGUGUGUGCAUAUAUAUUUUCUGUUGUAAAAAAAGCAGCUAACACAAAAUAUGUUUGGUACAUUAAAAAAAACACCAAAGUGAUCUUUGGGACCCUUAGGUGCUUUCAUCCAGUUUCUUCUGUGAAAUUGUGCAGUUUUCUUUGUUCUGAAAGAUAGGGCUGGCAUGUUUGCUGCCCCAGACAAGUGGGAAACUGCAAAAUUUUAAGCUUUUGAUUUACAGAUUUACAGAUGCAAGCUAUGCUUCUACAGCUGUGGUUUAAAAUUAGUUAACCAAUCUGGGUUGAAUAAUCUGGAUGUGUUCCAGCAGAUGGCGCCUUAAUUCUGUUUUUAAACCUGAAAAACACUAUCUUUAACAUUUCAGGCAUACACAGUUUCUAUAAAGAAUGGGAAGCUUAGCUAUGUAGACUAUAAAACAAAGCAGUUUGCGGUUUAGUUUUUGAAAAUUUAAGUUACAUGGUUUUUUUCAGUAGGAUUUUUCGGGUGCCUUAGCUUAAAUUUGUGUGUUUUAGAAACACAUAUUUUUUUUCUCUAGAUAAGAAAGAUCAGCAUGAAGGAUUAAGUGCAGGUAGAAAAUGUUUGCUUCUGUGGCUUGGUGACACUUGAUGUAAGAAAGUGAUGGUUGGAAACUUCCACAUGAUACUGGUGUAUGUAGUACUUCAGGAUUAAAAUAUAAAACAAGGCUUGACAUGGCAAGUUUUUCAACACUGGAUAAUAAGAGGGUGUUUGCAAGGGAGAGUGUGACUAAGGCUAAGAAAAUUCAGCUGUGUUUAUUCUUGCUAGAAAAUAAGGAUACCAGGAUGAGAUUUUGUUUUUUAAAAAUACAUCUUACUAAUGCAUGUUUACUAAGAAAGAACCAAAACUGGAAUCAGAACUUGCAUUGCAAUCCUAAACAUUUCUAAUCAGAAGUAAGUCCUAUUGAAUUCAGUGGGGCUUAUUUCCAGUUAAGUGUGGUUAUGAUUGCAGGCUUAGUUGCUUUGAAAAGGGAAAUUCAUACAUAAGCUUCUGCAAACAUUUUAACAUUCGUUAAGCUUGUACACUGUAGAGAAAUGCAAGAUUGAUGCCCCGAUCUUGGGUAUAAUCACUUGGUCUCACUGAAUACUCUAAUACAUAAGUGCAUGUGUACUCAAGACUGAAUUAUUGUUUGAAAGCAGUGACCUCCCUACAAAAUGUGAGUUACUCAUCUUUAUCUGUGGGGUGAAAAAUCUAUAUUUAAGACUUUUCUGUGAUAGGAGUAGUUAGGGAAGAAUGGUGUUUUUCCUUAAUGACACAUACAUGUUUCAGUUUAUCUUGAUCAGUUGCCUGGUCUGUAUGGUAUAGUAGCUUGUAAGUAAAAUCCUAAUGAGACUUUGGGAACCUUGGCAUUUCUUAGAUUCUUGGAAAGAAAACCCUUUAGCUUAAAUUUAUGCGGAGGUAGAUAUUCAACAUUUAAAUCCCAUUUCUUCCUCUGUAUCCAUGCAUUUAACAACAGCAAGGCUUUGGAUGUGCUUUGACACAUGUACACAUGUAUUGACCUAACUGGCCACAGAAGGAUCUGGAGCAGUGGGAGGCCAGGGCAGUGGUCCACAUCUCUUCCCACCCAGUCUGAUUUCACUUCCAUGGAAUAGGUGACAGUAGGCCUCGUGUUACUGGUUCUCUACAUAUGCUGUGUCAGAUAUAGGACAUAUGUGCCCACAUCUACCAAUCUGCCUAGAAUGCUUCAUCAGCGAUGGCAUAGCCCUGCGCAUUCCUCACCAUUACUGCGUCCUUUGAUAACAGAAUAUAGCCAACUUACAUAGGAGCUUCUUGUUUUCAAAAUCCCCCAUUUAUUUUAACGAUGAUUUGGGGGUGGGGUGGGGGUAUAUAUUCUGAUGGUUGGCAACUUGGUCAGGCUGACUUCCCCCCACUCAGAGUUUGUCCUCAUGUUUCUCCCGCCCGCCAGCCAAAUGUUUCUGCACGUAUUCUUCACCAUUAGCAUUAUGUUUCUGAAUGGCUAACUUUGCUAACGUUUGCCAUUUGAUCAAUAAGGAUUACUUCAUGCUAGGGAAAUGGUAAUUAUUCACGAACUACCAUUUAAACCAGUUGCAAUCUCUGCCUCGACACGUUAGCAUUUUGCAGCAGGCAUACCUCUUCCCAGAAUGUAAUGGAUUUAUCUGGUUCUCUCUCCACCCCCCACCCCCACAAUGCACCGGCAACCCUCUCUAAAAUAUCAUGCUGUGUGAAUGAAAUGGGCACUGCAGUGUUAAUUUUUUUGAAGCGGUUCCAAACAGCACACCGCAUCAGCAUUUCAUGGUCCAGCAUUUUCUGCAUCAUAUUUUUUUCCCCCAUGAGUGUGAAAUUUCAGCAGAUUGUUAUGCAAAACAGUUUUGUGUCUCUGUGUGACUGGGGAGACAGCUGUUAGUCCUAAUGAGGAGUGCUAGCAUUACAGUAUUUCCGUUGAUUGAGACCCACGGAGGGAGCAGAAUGUUCCAGAUCAGGCAGUGGUGUGUGGUGAAAAAGUGCCACUCUGUCAGCUGGAAGUGUAUGCUCGGCUGCUCUCUACGACAAGAUAAAUGAGUUUUGCCGGGGCUUGGCAGAGUCUGAAGUUUUUCCAGAGAAUGGUAGUAGCACACCAAGUUCCCUGUGGGGGACCCACAGUUUAAGGGUGUCGUAAGAUUACUGUCUCUUUGCCAACUUUUUUUUUUAUGCCCAAAGAUACCUGUCACCCACUCGUGAGUUAUGAAAAGCCUAAUGCCUUUUAGCGUUCCAUUAACACAGAGUCUUAAUGAUCUUUUGUUGACAUUUUUCAUUAAUUUAGCCGAGGGGAUGUUAACCACUGUUUUAAGUUGGCCAUGGUUGCUAGAGAACCCAGCAUUGAGUGAGAAGAAAGUGGGGGAAAUCUUAAUUUACCCUCUGUUCCCCCAGUUCUGUAUUUAAAUGUUCCAGAUUCGGCAAAGAUUGAGCUUUGGGCAGUAUGUGUUUUGUUAAUAAGCCUCCACACAUUAAAUCAAGUGCUUUACUUAACCCCCUGCUUUCCAUUGACUUUAGAGUCAAGCCUCCAAUUUUGUCCAUAUGUAUAAAAGUUGGCCUUGCUCCUGUAUUGUUUGUUGCAGGAAUGGUGAUCUUGUAGUCCAAUGUCAAAGAAAGCUACCUGUUAAACAAGCUGAAAGCUGUAAUAGGUUUGGGACAAGAAAUGAUGGUUCCUAGUGUGUUGUUGUGCCAUGGGGUGCCAUUUGUGGAGGACCCGCUGGAACCUUAACGGCUAACAAAUCUAUUGGUUCAUAAGCUUUUGUAGGCAGGAGCCCACUUCAUUAGAUGCGUGAAGUGAACAGGGAAGUGGUAGUGGGGACUCUUAUUAGGUGAGUGAGGUUAAAAAUGAACUUCUUCUUCUUCUUCUUCUUCUUCUUCGUCUUCUUCUUCUUCUUCUUCUUCUUUGGCGAUUACUCGUAGCCGAGUAAGAUUGUCUUCCAUAAACACGGUUUUAACAAUUGAUUCCGUAAGUGACUGUGGAGGCCAAUUCUGGAGCCACACGUCCUUCCAUAGUGGGGACAUUGGUUUCCUGGUGGGAGUUGAUCACGGUGUGGAUUUGCCUUCAUCUUAGCACAUUUCUCCCUUGCGUCCAGAGUUCAAGUGUCUUCAAAGCCCAUGACACCUAGGAGUUAAGUCACUAGGUGUCAACAUGUCCAGAGCUGUAAGACUAAAAACAGCCAACUCUUGCUGGUUACAGAUCAGCUUCCAUGAUACCACAUGUGGCGUUAUUAUCUUUCUAAUGACUUAACUAAUCCAGCUCUCUAGUUAAAAGAAAUUGCAUUAGUGCAUUGAGUUAGUCUUUAAGAUCCAUAAGAAACUGAUUUUCCUGUUACAGCUUAUUACUCUUAUUAUUCUUAAAGACUAUAUUUACUCCAAAGUGCUUGCAAGGAAAACAGAUUUUCUUGGUGUUCAGUUUUUGGAUAAAAGGAAAGCUCAUACAUGAAGAUUUGGGAGUGCUUUGGGAAGUAUUUCUUUUACAUAGAAAUACAAAGUGUACAUCCUUCAAGGUUAUUCAGCUUUUAGUAAUAAUUAUUAACAGACCGUUAUACUUAUUGAAAGCCUCCUUUUCAAAAUGAGACCCUUUAAUGUACAGUAGACGCACACAUUUACAGCCAAAUCAACAUACACAUAUCACACCUAGCUUAAGACAUGGUAUUUAUGGUGAAUAAAUAUUCUUGAGACUUUACUCUGGUAUCUGAAAUCAAUGUAACUGUAUUCUCUCAACUUUGAAAUGAAAGCCAGCCAUGUGCCCCCCUAUUUGCUAAUAGGUUUUAGUAUGUUACUGUAAAGAGGUUUGCAUCACAUGAAGUUUCCAGACUAUCUUUUAAAGGCAGUUGCGCAUCAAUAGUAUUGCAGUAAUCUAGCUUCGAUAACUGAGGCAUGGAUAACUGAGGCCAGGCCUGUCUCCUCUAGAAAUGGUUACGGCUUGUAAACCAGUUGGCAAAAGGCAGUCCUCUUCACCUGAAUAUGUGAGGAAAUUAUUGCACCAAGGAGACCCAAACCAACCACCCAGACCUUUAAGGCGAAUGCAACCUUACCUAGAAUAGGCCACAUAACCCUUACAGAUUUUAAGCACUCUUGAAUAGCAGCAUCUCCCUCUUGUUCACACCAAUCCACUUUGAACUAAUGCCAGACAUUGGGUUGCCAUCUCUACUGCCUCCCGGGGAUCAGAUGUUGAGAAUAAGUGGUAGAGCAGAGUGUAAUUUGCAUUUGAAUGACACUUAAGCACUUCACUCAGUGAUAUGACCAUAGGGUAUAUCCAAAGCUGCUGAGAGGUUCAAAUGAUUGUUGUACAUUUGCCCAAUGGAGAAUUUCAGGGAAAUAGCGGGUGGAGAGUGGCAAGCACAAAUUGGAAAUAGAGGGGAUUUAACCAGAACAGAAAUCUGAUUAGAUUCAAUUCAGCUGUUCUGUUCCAUUCCGUUUGGAAGGGGUUUGAUGUGCAUUAUAAUUGUAAUGGUUUUAGUUAUUUUUAUAAUUGCAUAUUCUAUUGUUGUAACCCACCCAAGAUCCUUAGGGUGAAGGGUAGGUAAGAAAUCUUAUUGAAUAAACAUACAUACAUACAUACAUACAUACAUACAAGACAUUUGAGAAAAUCACUGAAAUAUGGCAGUCAUCAAUUCUAGCACACACAAGGCAUCUCUGGAUAAACAGGGCCUCAGAGAGCAAAAAUGGGGAAAGCUUCUUUCGGAGACCCUGGAGAGACCCCCUGUCAGAUGGAGCAUGCAAGUGCUGGAUUAAAUGGACUUGUGAUAUAAUGCAAUCUUACACGUUUUAAAAUCUACUUCUUCUGUGCAAAAUCUUUAUACUAGCUGUGUUUGAUCUUCUCGGUUAUCUAGCAUUCAUAAGAUAAGGGUACAGCUAGUAAAGAGUUAAUCUCUGGUCUUUUCUGUCAUUUUCAAACAACAACAACAACAACAACAACAACAACAACAACACAUGCAACCUAUACUGUAACCUUUUGGGAUGCAGUUUGAGAUGCAAAUUUAAACAAGUGGGGGGAAAAAGUGUUCAGGUCCUUGAGCAGAAGUUGAAAAGCAGAGAGCUUUGAAUGGUUUCUCGAAAAUACAAGCUUUUAAAUCUUAACUAGAUGAAUAAUUUUAAUGCAUGAUGAAAGAAUCAAAUCUAUUGUCAUACGUUGUGGAACAGUGAAAUGCUCCGCUUGCGCGACUUAUUUCCGUAUGUAAUGCAUAUAGUUUGGGAGACGAAGACGUUCUCCUGGCUGUGAAUGUGUAUGGUAAGUGGAGAUCUUCCAUAGAUUCUGUGGCUGUUCUUAAUUGCUUGUGCCUCCACAGUAGGUCAGGCGCAUAGACAUCUGUAAUUGGGUAUUGGGCUCGGAAAGCUCAAGUGAAGACCUUUAGUUCUUGCCACAUAAUUACCCUGUGGCACUCUGAUACAGCAUUAAAAAACUUCGUACCACUGACAUAAUGGUGUUUGGAUCUAAUUAGACUUUAAUUUGAUGUCAAUUUAAAUUAAGAGGGCCUGCACAUACUAGUCCAUGGUGACUUGGGUAAUACUAAUCUCAAUCAGUAGGCUGAAUAGGACAUGAAAUCAAAUUCUCACAGUACAAUAGAAGUGACAGGAGCAACUUGACACCUUAAAUUAAAAUUACUAAAAUCUGAGCAAUUGAUGUGCAUGACCCUCAAGCUAUACAGGAUAGGUCAUUAAAUGCGAUCCAUAGAAAUUGAGCUAAGAAGCACACUGUAAUGAACCAGGGGAGGGAAAGAAAGGCUUUGUUAGUGUGCUGUGUAGGUGGAAACAAGCUCAAGGCUUUGUAGACUAGAAUUAAAGCAAUACCUUAAAACCUUGGUCUUUGUCCUUUCAGAUGUAAUAGAUAACAUGCUCCUGGUUUCUGGGGUUACAUAUUUUUAUCCUCUGAUCCUUGUUUUGCUAAUAGUAAUUCAAACAUGGCAUUUUAAAAAAAAAUCUUGAUCUAGAGUAGGCAUAACACAGAAACAUGACAUCCACUUUUUCCUUAUGACUGAAGGGUGAUUUUUAUAUAUCUUACGAAGUCUCAUCUCUUGUGGAAGAGAUCAGUUGCCUUAUUUUAACAUGUACUUGUAUGUUAAAAAUAUUAAAUUUCUUGUUUGAUAAGGGAUGCUGUUGAUUGAUCUCGGUGCCCUGCAGUUUUUAGCAACAAACUUUGUGCUUCCAGUAGUAAUUCACUUGUUAGGGUUUUAAAAUCAUUGGAUUUAAAGUUUGAUUCUGUCCAUGCCCCCCCUCCAGAAUAAUGUUGUAUUGUAAAAGUGAAAAAUGGCAUGUCUGUUUUAGGUAAUAAUGGCUCUAAUGCUAAUAUGGCUCUAAUGUUUCCCCCCUCCCUUUAAGCACUGUGACUUCAGCUGUCUUCACUGUGGGAGACAAUGUUGUUUCGGGUAGUGAUGACCGUACUGUGAAAGUCUGGGACUUGAAAAAUAUGAGGUCGCCUAUUGCCACUAUUCGCACAGAUUCUGCAGUAAACAGGUAAGCCCAAACAGUCCAAUUGGUUAAAUAUAGGAGGUAUUGGCUUGGUUUUCAUGAAUUAUUAUUAUUUUUUCUAAUUCUAGACUAGGCACAAUGGGUGCUACGUCUUUGGGAUUAAUGAUGCACAUGUACAGCAGAGUAACAACUCUGAUUAGACAUCUCAGUGGUACUGUUUUAGUCAUGGGGCCUAGUUUCUGCAGAAACUAUUAUAGUAUGUUCAGAAUGGUGGUGCCCAUGGCACUUGGGCUCUUCAAAGAGAGAGAAUUGUAGAGAGGUGGAGUAUUGCAUGCAAAUCAGUUAAAAAUUCUUAGUGGGGAUCCCACUUGCAUAUUGGGUUGGACGGACUAGUUACUGAUUUUGUAUCCCAAAGAGAGCAUGUGGCUCUGAAGCAUUACCUAUUUCAGUGGAGAGCUUGGUUCCAGACCCAAAGCUAUCAUAUGUCUUUGGACCAUUCUGUGGACACCAAAGCAAAACCAAUUUCAGGCCUCUUAGUCUGGUGCAUCUUAGAAUUUUUGUUUUUUUAACCUGUUUUGCACGACUGAAAAUAUUUGAAUUUUCAUGAACAAUUAACUGAAUUUAUGUAACAGGCCUAUGUCCAAAGGCCUAGAUCCAAAGAUUCUCGUUCAUUCAGCUAAAGCAUUUUAUUUGGAUGUAUGACCUUCUGAAAUGUUCCUUAGUUCUUGGUGGUGAUGGGAACCCAAGUAAAUUCAUGUGUGCAUGAGGAAAGCCUUGCAUUGAUGUUCUUGCUACAUUGCUGUGUGUGGUGGCAGCGGCAGUGCGAAUUUUGAUCAUCAUCAUCUUUAGAAACAAGUGUUUUUCCAGUACUUGAUUUUGUUGCAAAAAUAAAGUAAUAUGUAUUUGUGGGAAAUGUGUACAAGAUAAACCUCCAAUUAAAUCAUUUUCAGUGAACUUGAACAACUGUCGGUUCUCAUUUGUCAAGCUCCCUAGCUUAUUUUUAUCUCUCCUGUGCAGGAUUAAUGUUUGUGUCGGCCAAAGAAUCAUUGCCCUUCCACAUGACAACCGGCAGGUUAGAUUAUUUGACAUGUCUGGAGUGCGAUUAGCACGGCUCCCUCGCAGCAACAGACAGGUACCAGGAUUUUGAGUUCUAUAUGUAAGAAAGAUCCCUGCUCCCAACCGCUUUUCUCUGUGUGUAUGCAUAAUUGGAAAUAUUGAUAGCAGAAUACCUGAUCCAAAGAUAAUGUCUUUAACAGUCGUCAAGUUGCAUAUAUUGAACACAGCUUGUCAGUGUAAAACAACUGCCUUGGAUUAAGCCUGUUUCUGAGCCCAAUUCAAAGUCUUGUCCUUUAAAGCAGGAUUAUUAUUCAUUUCAUUAUGAACUGCUUCCUAGGAACAUCUCAGUAAGAUUUCACAAUGCGACUUCACAGUACUAAUAAGAACCUUCUUUUCGAUUGGGGCCAUUGGCCCGCAGAAAUGAACCAUGGCCUUCAGGUUCUUAUUUCAGAAGCAAAUGAGUGUUUUCCAUUCCAGUACUUCCCUCAGAUAAACUGGAAUCUGGGCUUCUACAUAGGGAGGGGUUGUAACUCACUGUAAGUCCCUGGUUUCCCAUUCCACCUCCCAACCUUGAGGGUGCAAAGGAGAAGUGCAAGGAAACUUUGAAAGCCUUUUCCUCCCCCACCUCUUUUGCACCCCCAGAGUUGGAGAUGCCAAGGAGUGAAAAAGGAUCAUGAAGAACUUUCAGAACCUCCCUUCAUUUCUCCUUUUCAUCCUGAAAUGUUGGAGGUGGAAGGGGGAAGUGGCUGAUUUGAGGCAGGGAUGGGUAGGGGAGCCAAUAUUCUAACACAGGCAUUUCUGUUGUCACAGGGGCAUAGAAGAAUGGUUUGCUGUUCAGCAUGGAGCGAAGACCACCCGAUCUGCAAUCUGUUCACUUGUGGAUUUGAUCGGCAGGCUAUUGGGUGGAACAUCAAUAUUCCUGCCUUGCUUCAGGAAAAAUGA